CGACCGUGAAACGAGGAGAAGCCGGAAACGUAGUACGGAGCCGGUGCGGUUACGGCAGCAUGAAUUUUCGGGCUGGCUAGCCCGGAGCGAAGACUCGCGCGAGCAACAUCAGCGAGGGACGGCACGAGGUGAGACGCGGCAGCUGUGAGCUGGCGGCGAAUCAUGUCGGAGACACCACCGAAGAGCGCGAGUCCUGGCGGCAGCCGGGCAAGCCCUGGCAGCCCGAGCACGCCACGUGGAGGUCGGCUCCGGGAUAGGGUCAACUUUUUCGUGGAGUUGUUCGAGGACAAGGAGGGAAGGCGGAAUGCGGGUCAGUACAGGUCGCCCACGAAUCCUAGACCCGGUUCCAGGCCAUCGUCUCGGCCAUCGUCCAGAGCCAGCGACUCGUCGUUCGAGGAGAGUUUCGAACGGUUGGUGGAGGAGGGCGAAUUAAACGGCUCGAAGGUGGUGAAGUUCGAGAAGAUCACGGUGAGGAAGAGCGUGAGAGAGGUUGGGGCCGGUGGCGGCGCGUCGACCCGUGCUUCUCUCGCCGAAUCGAGCAGGACGCCUAGCGAGGAACACGCCCUCGAGGACUCGGCCUACCAGAGUCACAGCCACGGUGCACCGAAUUACGGGAGUAAAUCGAGCUCUGUCACGUCGUUCACGAGAUUUCCAUCGGAGGAGAGUUUGUCGCAUAGGAGGGGCAGUAGCCCUCACCAGCAUCUGGGGCUGGACGAUCGAACGCCGUCCGAGUGGUACGCGGAAUAUCGUACUCAGAGUUUCCACAACGUCGCCACCAGGAUCGAAUAUGUGCGCAGUAAAAGCGAGUACGAUGCACACAUCGCUGAGAUUAAAGACGAACAAGAACGCGUACAAAAGAAGACCUUCGUCAACUGGAUCAAUUCCUAUCUCUCCAAGAGAAGUCCACCGCUUCGAGUGGAUGAUUUAAUCGAGGAUCUCAAGGAUGGAACCCGCCUACUCGCAUUGCUUGAAGUUCUAUCCGGUGAGAAGUUGCCGGUGGAAAGGGGUCGUAACUUGAAGAGACCUCAUUUUCUUAGUAAUGCGAACACUGCGCUUCAAUUCUUACAAAGCAAAAAAAUCAAGCUAGUGAACAUAAAUUCGUCCGAUUUAGUAGAUGGACGACCGCCCGUAGUGUUAGGCUUAAUAUGGACUAUCAUCUUAUACUUCCAGAUCGAGGAGAAUACCAGAGCAUUGGAAUAUCUUGGACAAACGUGGGGUAGUCAGAGCAGCUUGGAGAGUCUGAGUACCCAGGGGUCGGCGACCAGCGAGAGAAAACGCAUUAGUAGCGAGAAAUGGAAGCAGGGAGCAAGAAAGACUCUGCUUCAGUGGGUCACGAAUGCUCUGCCAAAGGACAUAAAAGUACGAGACUUCGGUGAAAGCUGGCGCGAUGGCAACGCCUUCCUGGCUAUCAUCGACGCGAUCAAGGCGAACUUGGUGAACAUCGCCGCCAUGAGAGAAGCAACGAACAGAACACGUCUAGCGACCGCGUUCCACGUGGCCGAAUCUGAAUUGGGUAUCGCCAAACUCCUCGAUCCCGAGGAUGUCGACGUUCCUCAACCGGACGAGAAAUCGAUAAUGACUUAUGUUGCUCAGUUUUUGCACAAAUAUCCGGAACCAGGAUCCGCAGCUUCCGAUUCAUUCGCUGCUGUGCAACAAGAGUACGAUGGCCUGCUCGCUUGGCUUUACGAAAGACUCAAAUACUUGGAACAAAUGGGCAGUUCUCCGUUGGGUUAUGAUGAAUACGCUACGGUAAAAGCGGAAGUCGAGCAACAGAGGAUUGUUUAUAAUAAGUUGCAACGUCUUGUCGAGACUCCUAGCAUGAUCAGCAUCACCCGAGAUUCUUGGAGACACGUGCAGAAUCUAUGGAAGACCUUGGAAAUGCUCAUGUUACGCUGGCUUUGGGUCUUAGAUUCCUACUUACCAGGCGAAUUAAGCGUUGUAGGCAGAUGGUUGUGUCGUGCAGAAGAUCUUUUAUUAUCUGACAACAAUAUUCCAGAAGAAAUGACAGAAGAAACAGCUAACAUAAUAUCGAAUAAGCUCGAAGAACACAAGAAGUUCUUCCUUGACCUUCCGUCCAUGACGGAGCGAUUCCAAGCGGCGAGGAGUUCCGAGGCCGCUUUGAAAGUGCAUCCUCAACAACUGAACGAGAUGGCGGCUCGAUUGGACAGUUUGCCGGAUCGCGCCGCCAAACGUAGAAUCCGACUCAAGUUCCUGGAGCACAAAUGUUGCCUUAUUGCUUUCUUGUUCUUAGUCGAGACGAAAUUGAAGGGAUGGAGCGUGAAAUAUGGCACGGAAGAGAGCGUACAUCAGAUGUUGGAACAGUAUAGAAACUUCGUGUCUCGAAAUAGAAUUUUCCAAGAAUUCCAGAAAGCGUAUUUGGACAUGCAACAAAUCGUCGAGGAUUAUAAACGCGAGGGCAAUGUUGACCAAGAAGAAAGCGCGAAUAUUGAUCGUUUUAUGAGAGAAACCAGCGAUAAAUGGAAGAGUGUAUCUAUGGAUCUUCGUUGUGUGCAAAGCAUGCUCGAAGAAGUAGUAGCCUAUUGGCGUCGAUGGAACGUCAUCUCCGACGAGUUCGUAACCUGGUUAAAUCGCGCUGAACCUGCCUUGCAUCUUCCCGAAGAAGAUAAAAUGGAAUUCUUCCAAGACAUAAGCGUAUGGAAGGAUAAACACCAACAACUAUCCGAUACAGUAACAUUUUUAAUCGCCACAUCUGACGAAUCAGUCGCCUUGCAACUGAAACAACGUUAUUCGAGUCUCACGUCCAGAUGGGAGUCUCUGUUCCAAGAAGCGAAGCAGUAUAUGCACGCUGGAGACGUUAUAAGAAAUAGAAAAGAUUAUAGAGCAGGAGUGGAGACAUUGCAGAAGUGGUUGAGAAACGUCGAAACUGCCUUGUCAGCCACUGAUCUAACAACAACUGAGAAAAUCAAGGCUUACGGUGAGAAGCUGCAAAUCUUCCACAACGAGGUAGAAGGGAUCGAAGAUUUGUUCAAGAGUAUCAGCAAGAAGUUUCAAACGCUUAUUCAAGAUUUGUCUCGUGACGAAGUGGAUAAGAUGAUGAACACUUUGAAGAAAGAGAAAGAAGCUCUAGUCAAAGUACGAGCUUUGAUACCGAUGCAAUUGCAUUUGUACCAUCAACUUCUGGUCCAGCAAGAGUCUCUAGAAGCUGGUCAGAAGGAAAUAGCUGCCUGGUUAGACGAAGCAGAGAGAAUGUUGACCAACGUCGAUCUGUCACGUGGUAGGGAACAUAUUCUGACACAGUUGGAUCGCCACAAAGCUUUCUUUUCGAGAACUCUGUAUUACAAGUCUAUGCUAGAGUCUAAGAACAAAGUAUUCACCAGCAUAGUAAAGUCUGUGGACAGUCACGCUGACGUAGCCACCGCAGAAGGUGGAAAAACAUUGAGAGAAUUGAACGAACGAUUCAACAGAGUUUCCCAAGCGGCUCAAGCAUUGGAGCAGCGACUUCAGGAAGCUGUCAGAUGCUGGACCAAAUUCAAAGAAUGCGAGAGACAAGUCUGCGAAUGGUUAUCAGUCGCAGAAACCAUGAUGAAUGACAAACAUACCGAUAAUAGACGAUCCAUAGAAUAUCACAAAAAUUUUUUCAGCAAUGUUAAUGAGAAAUGGAUUCAAGAUUUCGUGAACGCUGGACAAGAUUUGAAAAGUAUUUUGCCUGUCGAGCAGCAAGCUCCUAUUUCAGAAGCUGUAGAAUCGCUUCAGAAACGUUGGAAGGAGGUAUUAACCUUCGCUCCUCUUCAUUUGAUGAGACUCGAAUUCCGUCUGGAUGAAGCUACGUUCUUGCAAUAUCUGAAAGAGAUUGAAGUAGAGGUGAAUUCAGAACAGCAGGCUCUAAUGAAGAACGACAAUGUGGAGAGCAUACUGCAAAGAAAUAAAGAAUUUUUCGUGAAUCGUGGCACUGUACUCGAAGUGGAGAAAUGCCUGCAGACUCUGAAGAAGAUCAGUGAUGCGUAUAGUCAGUUGAAACCUAAUGACACUAGUUUGGCUGAGGCCGCACAACAUGCUGAAAAUCUGUGGGAGGAUUCUGCUCAGAGAGUGGAACGUUUGAGGGAACAAUUGAAACAAGUGCCUGAGCAAUGGGCUGCUUAUAAGAAGAAAUUCGAUGAAAUGGUACGAUGGAUGGACCACGUGGACAGUAAUUUGAGGACCAUAUUGCACGAGGUGAACACUUUAGAGGAAUUCGAGACAGAGAAAACGAUAUUCCAGGUUCAAGUUUUAACGAAAAUAUGCAGAGAAGCAGACAGCAAGCGCGAAGAAAUGAAGUGGUUGGUCCAAACUCUCGACAGCCUGACUUCCAAUCGUUCUGAUCACGAAGCUCUUUCAGAACAGAAUCGUUUAGAACAGCUGAUCACUCGUUACAAGAAUCUGAUACCAACAAUAGAGAUUACCAUGACGAAAACUGAUAUUUAUUCAAAGAGUUAUACUUAUAGAAAGGAAGUUCGUGAAGUGUGCACUCUUCUACACAAAGUCAAAGAUCAAUCUAAGAUAGAUGUAGUAGCAGAAAGUCCAGAAACUUUGAAAACCGCGGUCACUCAUCAAGAGAGCCGUCUUAGUCAGCUAGAACAACAGAGAUCAAAUAUCGUGAGCAUGCUACAACGUGGUAAGGAUCUUUUGAAAGAUCAACACGCUCCUCCAUUCGUGUCCUUGGAGGUACAGCAAUUGGAAUCUAGCUGGAAUGAUACGUAUGGACAAAGUGUAGAGACCUUGAAAUCUCUGAAAAGUUCGCAAAAGUUGUGGAACACUUAUCUGCAACAGAAAGAGGAGAUUUUGAAAUUAAUCGAACAAGCUGAAGAAGAAUUAAGAAAAAUCGAAUCGACUACCUAUUACGAUGCUUCACAAGUAUCAUCCGAUCUGCAGAGUAAACAAGAUUUUAGUUCUACUUUGAGAAAAUCUGCCGAGGAGUUGUUGAAAAAGUUGCAAGAGACGUAUAGCCAUUUGACAGAGGUUGCAGCACCGGAAAAGAAAGAAAUAUUAAAGAAAGAGAUCAUUCAUACUGAAAAGAGAAUGGAGACCACUCUAAAAACUGUCCAAGAGAAAGUGGUUUAUCUGCAGGAGCACAGUACUAGAUGGAAUAAAUUCCAAACAAAAUUAAACGAAUUGCAAUUGUGGACUCAACAGAGUGCUCCGCAAUCAAUUGCAGAUACUGAGAAUUUGGCAACAACUCCUGAAGAGAUGGUCUACAGAACUGAGAGUUUGCAGAAAGAAAUUAUAGAAAGAACUAGAACAUUGAAAUUCCUCGAAGAAGAAUCUCAGAAACUCGUAAAAGGUGGUGUUGAUAGUCUUCCAGCUAAACAGUUGCGCAGUGAUAUCAUAACUCUCGAAAGAAGCAUCGAAACCCUUCAAAAGAGCAUCGUAGCUCAACGUCAAACAGCUGAACAAAAUUUACAAACCUGGAAGGAGUACGAGAAAGGUAUUCAAGAGUUAAAACCUUGGAUCGAAGAAGCAGAAUCAAAAGCAGCUACUAUAGGCAGCAAACCAACCACUCUAGCUCAGGCAGCUCACAUGUUGGAAACAGCCAGAGCAUUUGAAACACGAUGCCAACAACAUUUCCCUCAGAUCCAAGAUCUAUCUUUGAUCAGCCAACGAAUAACAGGAAAAACAUCAGCUUCCGACGAAGUGGAUGCCGUUCAUACUCGUUGGAACGCUGUGCACGACAUAGCAGUUCAAACGACCACGAAGUUGGACAAAUUGGUUACCUCGUGGAACAGUUUCGAAUCUGAGAUAAAAGAAUUCAAUGAAUGGUUGGAAAGAUCCGAGAGAACGGUGCUCGUGGAACCAAACGCCGAGACACCCGAAAUAUCAGUACUGGAAAAGGAACUGGUACGAUUGAAGGACUUCAACAAGACUAUAUCUGAUCAUCAGGCGCAAUUGAUAUCGCUGACCCAAGUUUCUGAUCACAUCAGUCACGGAUUAUCUUUGGAAGGAGCGACUAAUUUGAAGGCUCGAAUCUCGGAUAUUAAAGCCAGAGUCAGCAAGCUGGCCGACACGGUCAGAUUGCAGAUCAAUCGUGUGUCCGACUCGUUAUUAGCUCGCCAAGAAUUUCAAAUGAAAAUCACCGAUUUCGAGAACUGGAUGUCGCGAUUGAGAUCCAAUAUCGCUGAGAUCAGCGAUGCCACUGUCGAUACGGUUGAUACGAAUCUUCAAGCCGUGCACGCGUAUAUCCAAGAACAUUCUGAGAAGCAGCCAAGCUUGGAAGCUAUCUGCCAAGAAGUGAAAGAUAUAUGUUCCAAAGGAUCUAUGCAGGCGACGGUUGCUUUGGUCGAUACUUAUACUAAUUUGGAGAAGAAAUAUAAGGCUCUGGGAGAUGAUUUGCAACAGAAAAAGAAAGGAUUGGAAAAGUGGAUAGAGCUAUUGAGUUGGUUGAACGAUGCCAACGCUCAAUUAAGCCAUUGUAAGUACGAAGCUGAAGCUAGAAAGCCUACUAUUGCCGAUUUGGAGAGAUUUUCGUCCGAAUUACGGACUAUUUAUGACAAAAUUGAAACGUGGAAACAACAUGUUUUGCCUGACAGCGCUAUUGGAAUACAAAUUAGGGACAAACAGGGGAAACCUCUUUCCGCGUCAGGUUUGUUGAUCGACUUGGAGAACAAGGCGUUGUCUCUGCAAAAUGAGAUAUCAGCGAAACGUGAUAGACUGGAAAAUCUUGGUGCCAAAUGGAACAAUUUCAGAACAUUGCAGCAAACAAUCACUGAGAAGAUAUUGAAUACGCAAACUGCUCUUCAAGAGACGGUUUACAACGUUGAUUCUUGCAAACAAUUAGCUCCUGCUGUGGAAAAGAUUGAUCAAUUAAUCGAAGAACAUCAGAAGAGAGAACAGGAAAAAGAGAUUCUUCACUUUGAAGGUAGUUCCUUGAUGAAAGAAGAUCAAAGAUCGACGACUAAUAUUCAAGUAAUUCUAUCCUCUGUCGAUGCUAAUUGGGAGAAAGUGAACGAACUUCUUCGAGAACAGAGGAAGAAAUAUGCUGAUAUGAAUACAGAUUGGAAGGAUUACGAGGAAGCCAGACAAAAGGUGGAGAAAUCUAUCAAAGAUGCAAUUAAUUUAUGCCAAUCAGUGAAAGGAAUAUCUUAUGAUAUUACUCAAGCAAAUAUUACUUUGGAGAAGCACAAGAAAGCUUUGGAUGCGUUGAAGAAAGGCAGACAUUUCUUGGACAAAAUGGAUUCGAAAGCACAGCAAUUGACGAAAGAAGCAUCUCUUAUGCCUAGAUUCAAUUCUGAAUUAAUCGAAAACGAUUUGACAGAAGUUCGACAACGAUACCAAGAUACUUACAACGAUAUCAGUGAGAAAUUGCAAGCCUAUGAGACUCAGGUGAUCAUUUGGAAACAGAUAGAAGAAUCGAAGUCUGAACUCAUCAAGUGGCUCACUAAUACAAACGAAGCGUUGACCACUGCGUUCGAACGUUUAAUGGAUGCUGAAAACUGUCAAAUAAGGUUGAUAAGAUACAGAGAGGAGCUGCCUGGUUAUCAGCAAGUGUAUCAAAACAUCGUGACGAAAAUAGAACAACUCGUAAAAUUGAACAACAAUUCUGACAUCCCCACUCUGAAUUCCUUGCAUCAGUUAUUAGACGAUCAAUUCAAGGUGGUUAAAACUUCAGCGGAAAAAUUAGAAUCUUUAACAUCUACUUUGAACGAGAGAGAAAGGACAAUUAGACAGGAGAUGAAGCGAUGUGGUGACUUAAUCUCGAAAAUCAGAGAAGAUAUAAUCAAGUGCGAUGAUUUGACUGGUGAAAACACUAAGAUUCUUGGUCGUAUCAACAAAUGUCAAGAGCUGAAAACAGAAUUAGAGCAAUGUGACUAUACUCUGUCCAAAGUUGAAGAAACAUUGACAAAGAUUUCUACAGAAUAUCCUAGUAUCUCCAGAUCGAGUUUGCCUAAGGAAUUGCAAGCGCUUCAGCUUCGAAGAGAUGGCGUGGCCAAUCAUGCUAACAAAGUGAUAGCAACACUGGUAGCAUUUUUGACUAAAUUAUACCACGAGAAAUUCGGAGCUCUUCAACGUAUGGUUGUGACGCUCAAAGAGAAAGUAGCUUGGUGUGAGCCUGAGCAGAGCAGUGAUCGUUACAACUUGGAGGUGAAAAUGGCUUCGCUGAUGGAUGUAGAAGUAGGAAUUGCCGAUUGCAUAGCUAGAAAGGAGGACACUGACAACUCCUUAAAGCUUCUAGCAUCAGUAGAAAGUGCCGAAACUAUGGCCGCCUUAAAGUCAGAUCGUGACAAAGUCGAAGUCGAUUUGGAAUCAUUGAAGAGCAGUUACAAUAAAAUCAAAAACGAUCUCGAACGAAACAUAGCUCUAUGGCAACGUUACGAACUCACUUCCGAGAACGUACUAUCCUGGUUGAAAGAGAACGAGAAUAAAAUUAGAGCAGAGGCUUCCGCAUUACUCAAUUUGGACGACAUCGAGCAGAAAAUUGCAGAGAUGACCGAAAUGCAGAAAAGUGUGAUGGAAUAUCAAAGCGAACUGAAAGAUUUGACUGUUUUGGCCGAAGAUAUCACCAGGGUUAGUUCCGAAUCAAGAGUAAAUCAAUACAUCAGUCAUUUGAAUACGCGUUACGAUUACGUGUUAAAGUUUUUAGCCCAACAUUUAGACAGACUUCGAGAAUUGAAGGAGAAUAGAGAUCAAUAUGUGGCUAAUAAGAAGAAGCUCGAAAUUUGGAUUGAGAACGCGGAAAAAACAUUGAAAGCCUAUGAUGAAAUCACUGGUCCAAAACCUAUAACUUUCUAUCAAUCACGUUUGAAAGAGUUGAAAGCAUUUGCCGAGGAACGAGAAGUUGGACAAGCUAUAUUGAAUAAAACAGCGGAAGCUGGUGAAGCUUUGUUCGCUAGAAUUACACCUGAUCAAAGAGAAAUGAUUAGAACGGAAUUGAGAAACUUCCGUAAUCGCGUGGAUGCAAUGGCGGAUCGUUCCAACGUGAUUUAUAAAAAAAUAGAGAGCGAUAUGAUGCACAGAUCUUCCUUCGAAGAUAAAUUCUCUCAAGUGAAACAAUGGUUAGCAGAUGCUCAGAAUAAAUUAGGAGAAAAGCAAGAUUUACUGCCAACGUUACAAGAGAAGAAGCUAGCUCUUCAUUUGUACAGGACCGUGGCUCAGGAUGUUACUGUUCACAAGAAUAUUCUUCAACAACUUCAAGAUAGAUUAAGUACAGCACCAGAUGAUGAUGCGAGCGAAAUGUUAGGCAACGUGAUCGAGGCUUAUGAAAAAUUGUCCAACGAGGUCGAAGGGCGAAUUAAUAUAGCGGAGAAACAUGUUUCGAACCAUGAGGCUUAUCUUCAAACAUUUGAAAAGACUCGAGAUUGGAUCAACACGGUGAUCAACGAAGGAACGCCGAUAGUCGAGGAUUUUUCAGUGGAACGAGAAACAGCGCAGAGUAAAAUCACCACCAUCGAGAAUCUUUUACAACAGAAAGCGGAAGGGGAUCGAAUCUUGGCUGAUUGUAACCAGCAAUUAAAUAUUGUCUUGGAACAAACCUCUAUGCCAGGUCAUUCAGCCUUGUUAUCCAAUUUUGAGCAACAAAAGAAAAUGUGGGAAGAUUUCUUGAAGCGAUGUGUGACAGCUAGAGACAAAUUGAAACAUAUGUUCAAUCAAUGGUCCGAAUUUGAGAAGAUCGUAGAAGGUUUGGAGGCCUGGAUUAAGCAGAUGGAAACCCAGCUGAAGGAUCAAAGUUUGAAGAGUACGGAAGAAGCAAAGAGAGCUCAUUUGCAGAAGCUGAAGUCCUUGGAAGAAAGUAUCAUCGCGAAAGGAGCUGAAUUUAAUGCCGCCAUUGAGAAGAGUCAGAGCAUCGAAGCUGAGGCAGACCUAGUCACAAGAGUCUCGAGACAAACUACUAAAUAUCAGGCUAUCAAGAAUCAAAUAAAGGAAGCUGUGAUGCGAUACGAACAAUUUGUGAAAGAGCAUAACACUUUCAACAUGAAAUAUAACCAAUUAUUGCAAUGGAUCACAGAUAUUAAAUCGGAAUUGAAGAAACACAGUGAAAUCGUGGGCGAUCUAUCCGUGUUGCAGAGUAGACAGAAGCUCAUUCGAGACUUGGGCGAUACUAGAACGAAAGAGAAUGCUAGAUUCGAAUCUGUCAUAGAUCUUGGAGAGAAAUUAUACGUUCACACGUCGCCUGACGGUAGAGAAAUCAUCAGACAGCAAUUGAGAAAUUUGAGAACCUUGUGGGAUGGAUUCACUGAAGAUCUACAGAAUACUAUGCAAAAGUUAGACCAAUGUCUGAUGCAAUUCGCUGAAUUCUCUUUAUCUCAUGAACAAUUGACAGCUUGGCUUCGAGACGUGGAACGUGCGAUGCAUCAACACACUGAAUUGAAAUGUACUUUGGAGGAGAAACGGGCACAGUUGCAGAAUCACAAGAUCAUGCACCAAGAAAUCAUGUCUCAUCAAUCUUUAGUAGAGUCUGUUUGCGACAAGGCGCAACAGUUGGUAGAUCAGACCAAGGAUACUUCUUUGAAUGUCUUUCUACCAUCUAUCAAGCAAUUAUUCCAUAACAUCGUGGCAAAAUCGAAGGAUUUGUUAGAAAAUCUGGAUGAUUGCGUGGAGAAGCAUCAUAAGUUUAAUUUGCAAGUGAAGAGCUUUUCUGAUUGGUUGAACGGCGAGAAGGAUAAACUUGCUGAAUGUAACGAUAUGACUGGAGAAAGAACGGAUAUUUGCAGAAGACUUGCCACUUUGGCCAUAUUGAAGGAUGAUCAGAUGCAGGGUGCUGAGCAGCUUGGAAAAUUAAAGGAACUUAGCGAUACAGUUAUUAAGAGAACCGCACCAAAAGGAUGGGAUGCUAUUAAUAAGGAGAUCGUUAUUUUGGAAGGCAAUCUUCGUCAAUAUCUAAAUGAAAUAGAAUCAGUGGAAGAUAAACAAAAAACAGCCUUGCAGAAAUGGCAAGACUUCGAAGAUAAAUUGGAAACGCACACAAAAUGGUUCUCAACGAUGGAAGCUGCAUUCAGGGACCAACAGUUGCAGCCUACUUUGCAAGACAAGGAAGCUCGUUUGCAAACAUUAAAAGAGAAACGUGAUGCCAUAUUAAAGGAAGAAUUGAAGAUAGAUGAGUUCAUUGAUAAAUCUCAUAGUUUGCUUCAUGCAAGUGGAGUUGAGCGUAUCAAGCCUUUGAUCUCCCAAAUAAGCAAUAGAUACCAGUUAUUGCACGUGCUCAGUAAAGAAGUAGUGACUAGAUGCCAGAGUGUUGUAGAUGAUCAUAGGACGUAUGAAGAAAAAUUAAAGGUCGUAGAUGCCUGGUUAACUCAAUUAGAACAGAGUUUAGCCAGCUUGAAGAAAGAUGAAACAGGUGGAAAUCUAGAAGAGAAAGUAUCUCGUCUGCAGAUAUUGUUGGCUGAAAAGGAACAAGGUGAACACAGAUUGGCAAGUUUGAUAUCAUUUGGAGAGAGGAUUCUUGCUGAUACAUCGGCUCAAGGAAGAGAAAUUAUUCGCCAUGAAUUGAGACAAGCUCGAGAACGAUGGGAUAAACUUGUGGAAGGCAUAGCCGAGCAACAGAAAAAACAAGAUGCUCAAUCCUUGCAAUGGACCAAUUAUCAAGAGACAUUGCAACAAAUUUUGGCCUGGUUGGAUACUAUGGAGAGAUCGGUGAAACAGGACUCGACGAUCACUUGGUCUUCUCUUCAAGAAAUUAAAUCCAAAUUGCUGAAAAGCAAGGGAAUGCAUCAAGAAAUUUUGGCUUAUAAACGUAUCAUUGAAGGAAUCUCAGAAAAAGCAAAUGCACUAUCGUAUACAUCUCAAGCGCCAUCAGACGCUCAACAAAAGGCUGCCUCGGUUUCUGGAAGAUACGAGGAUCUGGUCGAAAUGUCACAGAAAAAUAUAUCCAAUUUGGAAACUCUUCUAGAUACUUUCCAACAAUUCUAUGAUCUACAAAAAUCUUAUCAAGAUUACCAGAAGCAACAAUGGGAGCAAUUAGCUAACUAUAGCGACUAUACUGGCAACAAAGCUGCUUUGCAAAUUCAAUUGACCAAAAUCAUGGAGCUUCAAGAUGGCCAGAGGGAAGGAGAAUUGAAAUUAGAUAUUCUCAGUGAACACGUGUCUCAGAGUGCUCAUAAUUUAUCACCCAGAUCAUUAGAAUCUAUGGAAAGAGACUUGGCUACGCUAAGAUUCGAGCACAAAAAAUUCGCCACAGCUGUAAACGAUAUUAUUCGAUGCAUCGAGGAGAGGAUCCAACAAUGGAGCGAAUAUGAGAAUUCUUUAGAACGUUUAUUAGCUUGGUUGGCGGAUGCAGAAUCGUCUUUGAAGAAUUAUUCUCUGAAGAACACUCUCGAUGAGAAACAAGAGCAACUUGAAAAGUAUCAGGCACUACAAAAAAUCGCCUUGUCGUGGGACACGGAAGUGACAGAACUGGUGGCCCUAGGAGACCACCUGGACCAAAUGUUAAUCGUGAAUCUACGGCAAAACGAGGCAGAAUUCGAUAAGAUGAGCGACGAAUCUUCCGAGCUGAUGCAGAUUAGCGGUGAAACAAGAUUUUCUGCUAGUGUUCAACAAAUCACCUCUCGGUUCCAAUCUAUUCAAGCGACUGCUAAAGAAUUAGUUAAAAAAUGUGAACAAGCAGUGGCAGAUCACGCAGCCUAUCUUGAACGUUACAAACAAUGUUCCGAAUGGCUGGCAAACACACGUACUACUUAUCAAUCAAUCAAGGAUGACUUCAGCGGUACUCGCCAAGAAUUAACUUCGAACGUGACAACCCUAAAAGAUCUUCUAGCCCGACAAUCUUCGGCAACCCUUUUGAUCAAUAAUACCGUCGAAGCUGGAGAACGUUUGUAUUCUACCACAGGCAUGGAAGGCAGAGAAAUCGUCCGUCAACAAUUAUUAGACCUCCAACGAGCCUUCGAGGAGCUCUACGACAGCAUUGCCUCAACUGAACGAGAGUUGCAAUCGAAGAUAUCUCGUUGGUCCGGUUUCGACGAGUCCAACGAAUCGUUCGACAAGUGGCUGAGAACUGUCGAGACUCAAUUGAAACCAGAAAUCGAGUUGAAAACCACGUUGGACGAGAAACGAGCCCAAUUACAAAUUUAUCGUUCCUUUUUACAUGAUAUCCAAUCCCAUCAACAAGAUCUACUCGAUCUUCGAGACAAGGCUGACAAUUUGCCGGAUUCCACUGACAAAGUGCAUCUGACGCUAAAGAAAUUGAGCGAGAGACACGCAACCGUGUUGAAACGCGCGGUUGCUUUUGUCGAAAGGUAUGAAGGCAUCGUUAGCGAUCAUCAACAGUACAGCAAGGCUGUUCUGGAUACCCAUGAGUGGAUAGAUGCGACUCACAAUGCGGUUAUUCUUUGGGGUGACACGGAACUUGAACGUGUAUCUCUUCACACUAAUCUGGACAGAUUGAAGAAUUUAUUGCACGGUUUACCAGAGGAUAAACCAAGAGUUCAACAAAUAAGAAUACUAGGUGAGAAAGUGAUUCCAGGCACAUUGGAAUCUGGACAGAUCAACAUUCGAUCCCAAAUCGAUUCCUCGCAACAAGAAUGGGAAAGUCUGGUCACUGCGGUGAAGUCUACUAUAGAAACAUUGGAGAAUAAGCUUCAACAAUGGAACGAGUUCGAAAUGUCGAAGGAACGUUGUUUGGCUUGGAUGAGAGAAACUGACACUAAGCUUCAUGCGGUGGACUUGAAGGCUACCUUGCAGGAGAAGAAAGACCAAUUGGAACUUUUGAGAACUCUUCAAGGACAGGUGCGUGCGAAAGAAUUGGAGAUAGACGCUGUUACCGAGAAGGCUCAACAGCUUCACAAAAAUAUUACGUCUCGUACCACUCAUAUGUCAGAAUUGAGCAUCAAGUAUCAACAAAUAUCGAACAAAGUGAAAGACUUGAACAGUCGUUGGCAUCAAUAUGUGACCACUCAUCAAGAAUUCGAUAAUCAAGUGGCAGAGUGUACUAGAUGGUUAGACGACAUUAGGAAGAAACUGGCUUAUUGCUCUGACUUAGGUGCAUCCUCUCAGAAAGAUUUGGAGAACAAGAUGGAGAUAGUGCAAGACUUAUUAUUGUACAAGGAAGAUGGCUUCGCCAAGGUACAAGGUAUUGUGGAAUUAGCUCAGGCAGUUUUGGCAAACACAGCUCCAAUUGGACACAAGGCUAUCAAUGAUGCUGUUGGAAAGCUGCAAGAACAAUGGAGUGCUCUAGCCUCGAAGAUGUUAGAGACCAAAACUAAUUUGGAUGACUCUAUCAAUAAAUGGGCUGGUCUUCUAGAACAGAUACAAUCGAUGAACAAGACGGUAGAUUAUAUGCAAUCUGCUUUGAACGAGUUCAUGCCUUUCCAAACUACCAUGUCUGAAAAGAGAUGUCAACUGGAACGUAUCAAGGCUUUAGAGGAAAAAGUUCGAUGUGAGAACAUUGAAGUCGAUAGUCUAAAGAUCAAGGUCGCUGAAAUGAUCGCCAGUGGACCUCAAGGGUUAGCUGCAUCACAGGCACAGAGCAUUUUGAACAGAUUCGAUACGUUGUUCGAAAAAAUCAAGUCCUUGCUGACCGAACGUGAAGAACAGUACAAGGAUCACAGAUUAUACAAGGAGGCGCACGAUGAUAUUAUUAAUUGGUUGAGUCGAGCUCGUGAGAAGAUUCCAUCUAUGAAGCAAAGACCUUUAAGCGAUAAAUUGGCUAUCGAAAACGCUGUGGCUCCACUGGAGAGUUUGUUGAACAAGAAGGCUCAAGGAGAAUUAUUGGUGGAACAUCUUCAACAUACUGGAAAGGUUGUAUGUGCGAGCACGAGUCCUCAAGGUCAGGAAAUUAUAAAGAAUGAAGUGAAAGCUUUGACUCAGAGUUUCGAGGAACUUUUCAGAGAAAUCAAGCAACAAAAGGAUCAAUUAGAACAAACGGUGAGCCAAUGGCGCGAUUACAAGGACGAGUACGAAAGAUUAAGUGAUUGGUUGCAACAAUUUGAUAUUCUCAUAAAGGCGCAAAAGAAUUCUCUAUUACCAAAUGUAGCUGAGAAGGAAAAACAAGUGCAAGAAGUGAAAGAGAUAUUAGAGAAUUUGCUGAAAGGACAGGAACAAAUUGACAAAUUCAACAAGACAGCGUCCAGUCUCCUUUCGUCUCAUUUGGACACCUACAUAAAUAACCAGCUUCGACAUUUGAACUCGCGUUAUCAGGUUCAAGUGAAUCUUGCCAAAGAUGUCCUCAACAAAGUCGAAACCAAUCUAGCUCAGCACAAAGAAUACGAAGCUAAUUUGGAAAAGACACGUGCCUGGAUCGAGAACGCGAAACAGAUUAUUCGAAAGGGGACAGAAGCAGCAUCGACUAGCAGCAGAGAAGAAUUGCAGAACAGAUUGGACAAUAUCCAAGAGUUGUUGAGGAAACGGGAAGAGGGUCAGAACUUGGUUCAUCUGACGGUGAAUUGUGGCGAGAAAGUGAUGAGAAACACUCGAUCAGAUGGGCGAGAAGAGAUCAAUGCUCAAUUGAAAGAGAUCCAAAAUGAUUGGGAGAGAUUGGUGAAGAAGAUCUCGACGACAAAAGUGCGUUUGGAAACGAGUCUUCUUCAAUGGGCUGAUUACAGCUCGUCUUACCUUCAGUUGCAGCAAUGGAUCAACGAUAGAGAAGCUAAAUUGCAACAAGUCUGCGAACAGAAGGUAUCUAAAGCUAGAAAAGGUCUGGCUGGAUUGAGUUCUUUGGCUAUCGGAGAAAGAAAGGCGAAUCUCAGACAAACGAACAGCAUCGUUCAAGAUAUAGUAGCGUUCGAACCGAUGAUUCAAUCGGUUACAACGAAGGCCGAGGAUCUUCGACAGGCCACACCAGCCACGGAAAUUUCCAUCAAAUAUGAAACAUUGAGUAAACAAGCUCAGGAAUUAUAUGCCAAACAGAAGGAGACUGUAGAGCAACAUCAAGCGUUUAUAGAUAGUGGAAAUGAAUUUAUACAAUGGAUAAGAGCUGCCAAAGAGAGGCUUGGUAAAUGUUCCGAGCCUACUGGAGAUAAGGAAUCGUUGGCAAACAAGAUCACUCAAUUGAAGGUACUGCAAAGCGAACUGCCAGAAGGUCAGAAGAAAUUGCAACACGCUUUGGAGCAAGGAAACGCGGCAUGCCAGAUUGCGGAUGAGGAGGACAAAGAGAUUAUUGAAGAGGAAGUGGCGUUGUUGCAAGAAGAGUACGAUAGUUAUGUAGACUCCCUGAAUAACACUAAGAGUUUAUUGGAGGUAGGAAUAGUGAAAUGGACGGAAUACGAGGAUCAAUUCUCGGAAGCUACCGAAUGGCUCACACAAACGGAACAAUUGGUGCAGUCGUUUAACAAACUUCAGGAUAGUUUGGAAGAGAAGAAGAAUGUUCUGGAACAAUUCCAGAUCCAUUUACAGACUUUGUUCGACUGGCAGAAGGAAUUAGAUCGAUUGAACAUGAAGGCUCAGAUGUUGCUGGAAACUUGUGCAGAUACUAGAAUUUCGAACGCUAUUACUCAAUUGACGACCAAGUAUAAUGCUCUUCUUUCUUUGGCCAAAGAAAUAAUGAGACGUCUCGAGUUACAUUAUCAGGAACAUCAACAACAUAAUACGUUGUAUCAAGAGUGCCAAGAUUGGAUAGAACGAACACGUGACAAAUUGAGCGAGUGUAAGGAACUUCCAAGCACUUUAACCGAGGUGAACAAUAAAUUGCACACUUGCAAAGCUAUCAGACAAACACUGGAACAAGGCCAGAACAAGCUGCGUUAUGCUCUCGAAUUGAAAGAAAAAGUGAUCAUGAACACGGAACAGAAUGGCGCCGCAAAGAUUCAAGAAGAUACAGAGAAUCUGAAGAUGGAAUUUGAGAAAUUAUUGGUGAACGUAGAAGACAUAAGACAGAAGCUUUCCGCUAGAGCAAGCACAUUGGAGGAAUUGAACAAAAUUCACCGAUUGACUACAGAUUGGAUUGAAGAGAUCGAGGGGAAAAUUCAACCGGGUGAAAUGUACAAAAACGAUCUGAGCGAAAAACGAGCUGUAUUGGAGAAGUAUAAGACAGUUCAAAGAGAUAUUCAAGGUCAUGGCGAAACCGUAGACCGGUUGAAAGCUCGUUUGGCUGAAGAUUCCAGUAUACCUAUUGGUCCUUAUCAAUCCACUAUUGCCAAGUACGAUGAAUUGACCAAAUUGAUCGCUGAAAAGAUUAAGAAUUUAGAAGAGCAAGUGAACGAUCAUGAAAAGUUUCAACAAGCUCACAAUGAAGCAGCGGAUUGGGUUCGCCAUACAAAGUUGGAACUUCAACAAAAUUGCGAUACCCAUGGGGAGAAGGAACGAAUCAUCGAACGAGAGAACAAAGUGAACCAGAUCAUAGCUUCCCUUCCCAAAGGAGAGAGCUUGAUCUCGAAGGUGAUCCAACUCAGCGAUGGUGUGAUCGCUAGUACAGGUCCAGAAGGUCAGGAAACCAUCAAACAGGACAUGAAACAAUUGCAAGCAAACUGGAAAUCUCUGCAAUCUCAGUGUCACGAGUCCCAGAAGACUUUGUCCAAUUGUAUCGCCAGCUGGUCUCAAUUUACGACUGCUUUAGACAGCAUGAAGAGAUGGAUAGAUCAUUUCCAGAAGAAGGUGAAUGACGAACAAUCGAAAGAGAAUAAAACUCCGGAGGAUUUGGUGCGGUGCAAGAGCCUCGUGGAGGAAGCUAUCCAACAGAAACCAGUUUUGGAAGAUCUGAACGAUAAAUGCGAGGCCUUGCUGGAGCUGAGCGCUUGCAGCUGGGCUCGUGACAAGACUGUACAAUUGCAAUCUGCUUACACGUCUCUGUUGACCGAUAUGCAAGGUCUUGUUUCUCGGGUAGAGAAGAAUCUGUCCGACCAUACCGAGUUCCUGAAGGCGAAGAAGGAAAUAGAAGAUUGGUUGCGCAUUGCUCGAGGCUCGGUACAAGAUUGCAUGGGCGUUGGAGAUGCUGAAUGGGCUAAGGAUAAGUUGGAAACUAUCAAGAUCGUAGCAACAAGAAUUACCGAGGGUCAACAUUUAUUGUCAACAUUACAAACCGCCUUCACGAAAGCCAUAGACACAGCUGUACCAGAGCAACAGGAUCAACUGAGAUCAGACAUGGCGGGACUUCUUUCCAGCUGGGAACAGCUCAGCAUCGAUUUGAACACCGUUCAAGCUCAACUUAAAUCGCUGUUGCAUCGCUGGGAUGAUCAUUCGGAAGCUCAUGAAAAAUUGAAACAAUGGUUGGAAGAAACGGAGAACGGUAUGCAAGAUCUUCCGGACACGAAAGGAGAAUUCGGCGAUAUGAAAACCAUGCUUGAACGUUAUAAGCACAUUCAGGAGGAAGUACGCGGUAAGAAGACCGAGUUGGAUCAUUUAAUGGACGAAGCUAGCGAAUUAUCGAAACUGGCGAAGAAAAACACGCCUCUGGAACGAACGAAGGAAUUGUUGAAACGAUGGGAGAAUUUGAGCGAAAACGUUGACGAGAGGAAGAGGUUGAUUGAGAACGAGAUGCAGGAAUACAACGCGUAUCACGCAGCCUUGCAAGAGACGGAGAAGUGGCUGUUGCAAAUAUCUUUCCAAUUAAUGGCUCACAAUUCUCUCUAUAUCACGAACAAGGAGCAAACGGUGUCGCAAAUUCAACAGCAUGAAAACUUGCUUGCGGAAAUCGAGAAUUAUACGAGUGUCCUGAACGAUUUAAAGUUGAAAGGAAAUGGACAGAUUACUCGAUACGUCGCGGUCAAUCCCGAAAUUAAAACAAUCAUUGAAACGCAACUGCAAAAUGUUCAAGAGAGUUACAACUCCUUGUUGAACACGGCAUUGCAAAUAAAGAAACGAUUGGCGGAAUCGUUGGUCAAAUUCCAGGAGUACGAGAACACUCUGGAGAGUAUUAUGAAGAAUUUGGACGCGUACGAACCAGAAAUCGCUCAAGAAAUGGAAGCGCCGAUGGAUACCCUCGACGCAGCGAAACAGAGAUUCGAAAAUGCUCGCACGUUGCACAAUAAAUUGCAAGGAGAGAAGACAAGGCUUGCUCUGGCUGUCGAGGCUUGCGAGGCUGCAGUGGCAUGUGUCUCCAGACCCGGAAGUCCUCUGGAUGCACCGCCUGUGCAGAUUCCGGCCAGGGAAGUCGAAGUGAGAAACAAAUUGGAGGAAUUGAUCGAUCAGGCGCAGGGACACUUGAUGAACGUAACCAAGGCUCUAAACGAGUUGGAAGAGCAAACACGACAGAAGAACGUUCUUCGUGCGUGGAUAAACCAGCAAAGGGCUCUGUGCGCCGAAUGGAAGUCACGUCCAGCGAAAUUGAGAUCCGAGGCAGCUCUUGCCGAAUUGCAAGCUAUGAACGAUUUGCUUGGAAACGUCGGGGAACGUCGAACUCACGCAUUGACAGAGCUGUCUCUUCAUGACGAUGAUCAGGAUAUUGAGGAGGGAUUGAACAAAUUGGAGACAGAGUUGACGGAUGCCAUUGCUGGAAAACAAGCGGCGCAGGAUCUGAUCCAGAAGUAUAGGACGCAGGUGCAGAACAUGCAAUCGUGGUUGGAUACGUUGUCCAAAAAGGUGGACGUUAUCGAGAAAGGGAAUGGGCAGACGAUUGGGCAGAAGAUAGCUAGCGUGAAAGAGAUCACGACCGAAUUUGAGUCCCAAGGGCCCGGAAAAUUGAACGAGGUGAAGACAUUGAGCGAUCAGGUGAUGGAUUCGGUGAGCAAUUUGGAUUCUCAGCAGAUAGAAGAGCAAAUUAAAUCGGUGGAGAGGCGAUACGCUGAUAUAGGGAAGAAACUGCAGAGGAAGGCGCAAGUGUUGGACAUGACUGCCCAAGGUAUUGAAGCUACUAGGCAGGAGAUUGAAGAGAAUAGAGAUUGGAUUCAGCAAAAGAAGAAGCAAGCCCAGAUGUCCGAGCCUGUUGGAUUUGACAGCAAACAGGCUGAAGAAAGGCUUCUUGCUUUGAAGGCAAUGUUGAAGGAAGCAGAAGGAAAACAAAUGGUGAUCGAUACGUUGGAGAAACGAGUAGGAAACAUGCAGAACGAAUUAGAGUCGAACGAGCAGCAACAAUUGGAAAAUGAAACGAAAGCUCUGCGUGGCGAACAAUCCCAACUUUGCACGAUUUUGACGGAGGGAAUCUCGAGCGCCACGGCUGCGGCUGAUGCCCGCCGUAAGUUCGAGGCUGAUCUCGAACGAGCACGAAGCUGGAUCAAAUCGAAGAGUAACAAUUUGAAGAAAUUGAGCGGUUAUCUCCCUCUAAAGGCGUCGAAAGUCGAGCAAGAUAUCGUGCAACACGGUGAAUUGGAAACUGAUAUCGAUUCGUUCAGCGAGAAAGACUUGAACGACAUUUUGAAACAAGGAAACAAUUUGCUAAAGGAGUGUAGCGAAGAGGAUCGUGCCAGAUUGAACAAGAUCUUGGAUGAAUUGAACAAAGACUACGAGGAGCUGAAAAGCGAGGCGCAAGAGAAACAAGCUGCGUUGGCGGAUCUUCUUCAAGGGCGAAAGGCUUUCGAGAAUGAAAUAGAUAAGUGCCAAAGAUGGAUCAAUGAAGCUGAAGUUGCUACAUCUUCGGAUCUGAGAACUUCCAGUAUUGAUAUUCUGAGAGAGCAAUUGGCUAAGUACGAUCGUUUGAAGAAAGAGGCAAAAGAGUACGCAGACGAUAUCGAGAAAUUAAUGCAACAAGGAAAAUCGAUCCUUCCAACCGUGACCGACGCCGAUAAGCUUGAAUUAAACGAACAGUUGCAAAACAUGAAGGAAGCUCACGGUAGAGUUGCUGGUAUAAUAAAUGAAAGAGCCCUAGCUCUUCAAAAGAAUAUCGACGAAGCCGAAGAAUCAUUGGCGCGAGUAGCUGAAGCCAUUCAAUUCAUGACUGACGUUCAGAAAGAACUUCACGAGCUUAACAAACCUAUUGGUUCACGCGUAGAAGACGUCGAGGCCAUGCUGGACGCAUACGAGAGAAUAUUGAACGAUCUGAAGGCGAACAAGGCGAAAUUGUCCGAUUUGCAAUCGAUCAACGUGGCCGAUCUUCAUGGGGUGUUAACUCAACAGGAUGAUCUCAUGAAAGCUAUAGAGUCCCAAAUUGCGAAACUGCGGCAGUUACUUUUGUUACGCCAACAAUUCAUCGCUUUGAUCACGGAGAUAACUACGUUCAUAGCUAAAUAUACGGAGAUCGUUCGAGAUAUCGAGAAUUCUGGCCAGACCACGGAGGAAAAGAUCAAAAGAUACGACGAUGCAAUUCUGAAGAUCCAAGAAUGCGAAGCCACCCUCGCCAGUGCAACGGACAAAGGUCAACAAAUCGCAGCAGAAGGUUCAACCGUGGAUAGAAACAAUAUAACGGAACAAUUGCAAUCUCUGAAACAACAAUUGCAAGGUCUAAGAAGAGCUGUGGAAACUCAAAGGGAGCAGCAUGAAUUGGCAGCAGCGGAGCACAAGAGACUUGCGAACGAAUUGGCGGAGAUUCUCGAUUGGUUGGAGGACAAGGAGAAAGAAGUGAAAUCUAGACCUCUUUUGGAAAGGGAUCCAAUCAGCGUGGAAGCAGAAUUGCAAAAACAUAACGAGCUAUGCGACGCGGUCAACGAACAUCUCGAUAGAAUCAGAAAUUUGAAGAAUUCCGUCCCCCACGAGGAAGGAAUGCCUGGUUCGUUGAAGGAAAUGCUGAGCGAAGCUGUCUCCCUGUUGACCUCUUUGCCCAGAGAAAUGGAGGAACGUGGAAAUUAUUUGGAGAGCAACAUGAAGCUGAGACAAGAGUAUGCCGCCCUUACCGAGAAACUUCGAAGUUGGGUUCGAGAAGCGGAGAUUCGAUUGGAAAGCGACAAGGAUGGACUCGAUUUCGAGAACAUCCUGAGCGAUCUCGAAGAGCACAAGAUCUACUUCAGCAGCGAGCCAUCGAUUCGCGAAUUGGUGUCGCAGCAAAUUCAGCAAGCGGGUGACAAAAUUUGGCCUUCGUUGAACACGUCGGAGCAGGAGGAGUUGAGCGCGGAGCAACAGCAGCACACUCAAUUAUUGAAAAACACGUUGAACACGGCUAAGUCGCAACGCGCCAGGUUGGAGCAAGGCGCUGAAACGUGGAGGGAUUACACGCAAACGUUGGAACGUGUCCGAGCUGUGAUUGCGAGGAGCAGAUUCACCGACGAGCCUGUCACGACUUUGGCCGGGCUGCAAUUCAACAUCCAGAAGAUCACGCACGCGCUCAAUGACAUACAGAAUCAACAAUUCGAGUUGGAUCUAUUGAUCGAACGAAGUCAAGAGGUGCUUCGAUUGGCAGACGCCAGUAACAAGAGAACGAUAGAGGCGCAGAUUUGUGAGAUCAGCGCGGAAUGGAAAGAGUUGGUUUCCGGAUUGGAAGGGCGAAGGGAUGCCCUCGAGGCGUUGUCCAAGCAUUGGGAAGAUCUGGAGGCGCAAUGGUCGCUCAUCGAGACUAAAGUAAAUGCCAUCGAGGAGAAGGGCAAACUUUUGGACACUGUGGUUCGUUCUAAGCAACAUUUGCACGACACCAUCAAAUCUCUGCAUGAGUUGGUAACGGAAGCGGAGAAAUUGAAACCGAUGGCAGCGGAAGUGAAAGCUUUAUCAGGACCUGUUCUAGCAUAUCUGGCUGCCUUCACAGAGGCUCCAGCUCAUGCUCUCGAGGAAAAGCUGAAUAAAUUGCAGAAUUCCGUCGAAUCGCUCAUCGACACUCUGCAGACGAAAUCCAGAAAGGCGGACGAGGACUUGGAGGCGUUCGAAAGCACCGAGCGUGAGAUCGAUCAGCUGAGGAAGCGUUUGAACGAGGCGCGCGAACGCGCCUCGAACUUGUACAUAUUCGGGCCGGAUCAGGACGCGACCGAGGAGGAGCUUGACGAGCUGCGUUGGGCUGUCGAGCAGCUCCUCGAGAGCGGGAAAAAGUUCUCAGGAAGCACUAAGGCGCGGUACCAAGCUAGCCAGCAGCUGGUCCCCAGCGAUCUUGCCCAACACCUGACCGCCCUCGAACUUUGCGCCGAGGCGACAGCGCAGGCCAUGGAGGAGAAGCAGAGGGAGCAGAAGCGCGCGAGAACCGUCAGAUCGGAUUAUCUGACCGAUCUGGACGAGGUUCAAGCGUGGAUCAGGCAGGCCGAGUUGAAGGUUCAGGACCGAUCGAUCGAGCCUGUACCUCUCAAGGAUCAAUUGAGGCAGGUGCAAGAGGAGUUGGGCACGAUCAGCGACAAGCUCGAACGAUUAACGAGAAAUGGCCGUACGAUUGCGGAGAACACGAGGGACGACACGGAGAAACAAUUGAUCGACAGCACCGUUCACAACGUGACCGAACAGUUGAACCAAGUGAGGAAUUGGUUGGACGAGAGGAAACAAGUGGUGGCUGAUACCAUUGACGCUUGGCAGAGAUUCUUGUCGUUGUACGAAGCCGUGAGGACGUGGACCGAGGAGAAGAGACAAUUCCUGGUUGAGCCGUUGAAGCUCAGCACCCUCGUGCAGGCUAGGCAGAGGCUGCACGAAUAUUCGACAGCCGUGAAAAGCUGCAAACAGAUCAACAAGAAUCUCAGUGACAUGGGUAAGGAGCUCGAGAGUAUCGGUCAGGUUUGCAGCGUGGGCGACUUGCCCGAGAAACUGCUCGAGGCUGAAGAAGCUAAGGUUCAAGUCGAGGGUCAACUGUUGGAGAGGAACGCGCUGCUGCAAGAAACUAGCGAGGAAUGGGAACAAUGCGAGCGAAAGAUGAAAGAAGUGAAAACGUGGAUCGAGAAAGCGAAACAAAGUCUCGAGUCGCCGCAGAACAAAAAGAAACCGUUACGGGAUCAGCACAGCAUACGGGAGAAAAUGCUGAGCGAUAUCGCGAUACAGAAAACGAAAAUCGGUAUAUCGAUGGAGAAGCUUCAGGUUCACUUCCGGUCGGGGAUCGGCGGCGAUAGCCGAAUAGGCGAAACGGUUGACGAGCUACUGGCCGAGUUAGACAAUCUUCACGCCAACGUCAAGGAACAGACCACAGCGUUGGAGGGUUGUUUAGCUCAGAUUGAUCAAUAUCAACAGGAGAUACAACAGUUGAGGCAACAGAUUAUGCAGGUAGAGCAACAAUUGAGGACAGUGUUGAGUCCGACAUACCUGUCCACCGACAAGGAGAAGGCGUUGCAGGAGCAACAGCAGAGCCUGCAGCAAAGGAUGGACGAUUGGAGGCAACGCGUCAAGACAUUGCUGGAUGAAAUAUACACCGUGGACCCGUACUAUGUACAAAGCAACGAGACAAGGUUCGUCAAUCAGGUCUCGUACGCGGACAUCGCUGCUGGUCGCACGAGCCCCAAUUCAAGGGGUUCUAGCCCCUUUAGAAACAACAACAACAACCCAAGGGACGAAGCCGCCCCUACGCCUCUCUCGAUUCAAGUGCUCAGACCGACUGCUCAAUUCCCAAGACCCGUGGAUAUCCAGAAAACCGUCGUCGAACCGAUUCGCGAUGAAACUCCUCCUCCGAGCACCGGGAGAAUGGAAACGGGCAGAGGCAACGAGGAAGGGGCGAGACUCGAGGAGCAGCAGAGCGAACAGAAGGAGACCGAGAUGAGAGUCGAAAGGAGAAGACACGUUUCCAAGGUGGAUUCGGUGGAUUCUAGGACGAGGAGUCAGUCGAGGAGGUCUGGCUCGGUUAGAAAUAACAGCGACGAGGCUGUGAGGGAAUCUAGGGAGAGGAAUUCGUCCACGGAGAACGAAAACGCGAUGGAGAUUUCUAGAUCGAUGGAACGGAAAAAGGAGUCGUUGGUACUUAAAAACACGUUGGCGCCUAAAGUUGAGAGGAGAGGAAGAUCGGCUAGUCCCAUUUGGGUGCCUGGAUCUACGUCCUACGCGGAUAUCCUUCGUGGAAAUAGGCAGAGUUCUCGCAGUCCUUCGGUGGAGGGUGGCAAGGACGUUAAUAUGGUCGGUAGAGAGGUGAGGGAGACUGUGGUCGAAGAAUUGUCCGUGCCGGAAACGGUUGAGAACGAGAAAUUGGAGUUCAACGUGCCGAGACUCGAAGUGGAGGAAGAGACGGAAGUUCAAGAAGCUCUUGAGGAUGAAGCGAGCGAGGAGAUAACGGUAGAGAAUUACCAGUCUGUUGAGGUAAUGGGCGAAGAUAUGGUUGAAAUCGUGCCUUCGUCCGAGAAACCCGAAGAAGAAUCGGCAGAGGCUCAAACUAGUUGGGCUGACGAGAGCAUGGAGGAGUACGUUUUAUUGAACGAGAAGAAUUACAAAAAUAUCGCGAGAGCACCGCAACAAGUUCAAGAAGUGUACAAUUAUAUUCAACCACCUCUUCGACCAGCCAUCCCAGAAUUGGUUGGAUUCAUUGGAUCUCAAGUAGCUUAUCCAGUAAGCUCUUACGUCUACAUGCCGGCUGCGUCCCCUCAGCAGAUGGCUCUUCCUCAUUACACCGAGAGCCAGAUAGCAUUCCCGUCUGAACAAUACGUGGCACAACCUAGUUACAUACCUGAGCCAGAGAUUUAUCAGCAGAAUCUGUUGCAGAAACAGAGACAACCGCAUCAAUCUAAAUACAAAAGUAAUCCAAAGAGCGCCCCAAUUAUUAUGCAAAAUGUGGAGGAGAAAUGUUUAUCUUGUCAGAUUCCUCAAACUAUGGAUAUCCAGCCUGUCGUACAACCUAUUGUCCAAUCAAUACAGAUCGUUGAAGAGAAAUCUGUGGAGCAAGAACAGGUUGUACAACAACCUGUACAACAGUCUGUGGAACAGCAGCCUGUGCAGCAAUCGAUGCAACAAUCGGUGGAACAGCUAGUAGAGCAACCGGUGGAACAACCUGUGCAACCUGUUUCCCCUGCAACACCGUCAGAAAGCACACCGGUGAAGACAAAAAUAAUCACCGAGAGCAAAACGUUCUCCUACGCUCAGAUCUUGUCACAGGGUCUCGCCCCUAAACCGUCAUCGGCCGUCAGUAGUUAUUCUCCACCAACGAGCGUUCCAUCGACGACAUUAGCCUCGAAACAGGUGAAAGAGCGUUCGUAUUCACCUGUGAAUUCGACAACGUCCUCGGUGCACGAGACGAGCCCUCCUCAGGAGGCGAGGCAAACUCGAGAAUCGUCGGUAAGUAAACAGGAAAGCAAUUGGGACGUCACGAAGAAAAGGGAGACGAGGAAGACUCAUCAGGAGGCGCCGAAGACGAAGAUCCCGGAGAAGAGGGCUAGAAGAGGGCCCGAAUAUUCGAAAGAGAAACUUCAAAAGGAGAAAAGUAAGACUAACGUAGAGCAACAGAAACAGGUAUUUGAAACGAAAGAUGAAAUUGUCGUGGAAGAUGCUUCUAAGAUAAAUGUGAAGAGUAACGAGGUUGAGAUUAAGAAGGAAAAAAUGGAAGAUGUUCGAACGGAAAAGAGAGUAGAUGUCGAAAAGACGAAAAAGAUUGAAGCACAGAAGCAAGAUGAGAAGCAAGAGGUUCAGGAGGAGAAACAAGAUGUUCAACAGAGGAGCAGGUCUCAGGAAAAGAAACGAAAGGGAAAGAAGAAGAAACAGGAGAAGUCGAUGGACGAUGAGAUAGACAAAGCUCUGAAAGAAAUUGAGGAUAUGGAUAAGCAGAAGAAGAGGGAUAAAUCGAGGGAACAGACUAAGAUUAAGGAUACGACUCAAACUGUUCAAACAGAAAAAUCUAAGGAAGAUACUGAAAAGAAAGGCAUGAAGCCUGGCGAGAAAAAGAAACAAAAUAAAUCGAAGAUGGAAAAGAUUAGAGACGAAUCAGAAAUUGCAAUGAAUCAGGCUAACAUGAAAGAACAGGUGAAAUCGAAGAAUGAUACGAAAGAAAGUAAAGAAGAGAGAAAUAUUGAGAAGAGGAAUGCAAAGGACGAAGCUAAAAUUUCUAAGGAGAAAGUUGAAAGUCGAAAGAGCGAGUCGGAAAAAAGAUCUGAAAUUAAAAUCGAUUCGAGUAAUGAAAUAAGGAAAAUUGAGACGAAGGAAGAGAAAGCGCAAAAAGACUCUGCUAAUUUAUCGAAGAAAAAGCAAAAAGGUAAAGAACAGACUGGUACGAUGAAAGAUAAGUCUAAUAAAGAUAGUGUGAAGUCUACGAAAACUGAAAAUGAAUCUGAACAAAUGAAAAAAGCGAUAUUUAUUGAAGAUAAAGCAGAAAUUCAAAAAGAGAAAGACAUUAAACCAGUUGAAAAUAUUGGAAACUUAGAUCAAUCACAGAAACAAGAGGAUACGAAAUCUGUAAAACUUGUGAAAUCGGAAAAAAUAUCUGAAACAAAAGUUGAAUCGAAAGAAAAGGAACCUGCGAAAUCUAAGGAACAGGAUAAAUCGAAAAAGAAUAAAAAACAGAAACAAGGAACCGAGAAUGAGGUCUCGAAAGAUCAGACACCUAAGAAACAGGGCCAACAAAAAGAAGAAAAGAAAACGGAACAACCAAAACAGAAAAAAUCUGUAGAAAAAUCAGAGGUGAUAGAUAUUAAGUUGGAAGAAAAUGAAAAGAUUAAAGUAGAGAUUGAUGUGAAAGCAUCAAAAGAUGAAAAAGAGAAAAAGAUAACUGGAAAAGAGAAAGAAAAGAAAGCUGAAAGUAAAGAUCGCAAAAAGAAAGAUAUAAAAUCAGAAGUAGCAUUAAAAGAGAACACGAAAGAAGAGCAGAAAACUAUAAUAAAUCCAUUGAUUAGUGCGAUAGAAUCUGAUAAAAAAAUUGAAGAAAAAGAAAUUGAUAAUAAAGAUUCGAAGGAAAGUUCGACACCAAAGAAAGAGACGAAGAAAGGAAGUGAACCAGAAAAAAAAACAAAAACGAAAGGUGGAAAGAAAUCUAAAAAGGAAGCGGAUAUUAAUCAGAAACCUGCAACUGAGAUUAUCAAAAAAGAAGAGACGAUAGUCGUUGACAAACAAGUUAUUGAAGAAAAAAUUGGUGAAAAAAUUAUUAUAGAAGAAUCGAAGGAAGAACAUUUGAAACUUGAAUCAGUUGUACCAAAUACAGAACAAUCAGAGAUGAAAAAACAUAAGAAAUCUAAAUCACCGAAAAGAGGAAAGAAAGAAGAAAGUUUGAAAUCUGUAGAACAAAAAGAAAAGACAGAGAAAAAAGAAAUGCAAGGGGAAACGAUAAAAUUAGAAGAAAUAAGCGAUAAAAUCGAUAAUACGAAAGAAAAAUCUAUAAAAGAAAUAAAAGAAGAAAUUGUUAUCGAAGUUAAAGAGGAAGAAAUUAAUGCAGUUCAGGUUGAAGAAAAGAAAGAAAAAGAUAUAAUAGAUCUAAUAGACAAAAUUGAAAUACAAUCUGCUAUUGAAGAAAUACCUGAAAAGAUUAUUGUUGAAGGAAGCAUGGAAACAUUUACAGAAACUGUAGAAAUAGCAAAAGAAAUUGAAAAAGUUGAAAUCAGUACAGAUACGAAAGAGAAAAAGGAAACACCUCUUCCUGAAAUUUCAAAAACAGAAGAACUUGAAGACCAACAACCAGAGAAAAAGAGUGAAAUGCCAAAUACACCGUCGAAGAACAAAAAAUCAAGUAAAUCAAAGGAGAAACAUCCUAUCGAAAAAGUAGCUCCACUUUCUAUAGUUCAGGAAUCUAAACCAAGUACACCAAAGAGUCAACCAAGUACACCAAAAUCCGAUAAAAAGAAAAAGAAACAAGAGAAUAAAGACAAAGAUAAUAUCGAAUCUCCACAAGCAAAACAAAAGACAAUUACAGAAAAACCUUUCAACGACGCAAAACCAAUCGAAGAAUCCAUCGAAAUACCUGAUGUUGCUUCUGAAAAAUCUAUUUUCAAAGAAAAAGAAAUACCAACAACAUUGCAAUCUGAAAUAACUCCAAUAAUUGAGCCUGAAAAAGAACAAAUUAUUGAAUUUGACGAGUCAAAAUCUCUCUCGCAAGACCUGAUUGAAAAACCAAGUACAGAAGAAGUUCCAUUGACAGAAGAGAUUCUAAACGUCACAGACACUGGCUUGCCAGUCGAGGAAUCAUCUUCGACGUCAUCGGGCAAAGCAUUAAUCAUCGAAAGGACGGUAACCACGGUGACGACCACGACCAGCAUGCCAGGAUCUGUCGAAGUGAAGCCUCCGAACGUGAAAUCCAUGAAAUCCGUAGAGAUCUUAGAAAGCAUUCCCUUACCUAAGAUCGUAGGCUCCAAACCCACUGAAUUAAUCACCCUACGUCCUGAAACAGUAGAGGCUAGCCUAACAACCAGAUAUGCUAGGGUAUCGGAUGAUUCAGCUGUUGGUAUCCCCUCGAAAGAGUUCUUAGAUACGUUAGUGGACGAGUCGAAUUUCGAUUACGCGAAUUAUAUCAAUCUCGUCGAAGAUGAUCAACCGAUUUUGUUCGGUAGCGUUCAGGAUAGGAAGAAAGAUCGUUCUGGGACUCCUUUGUCGGCAAAGUCUGUAGAAAACGACGAACGAGAGGUCGAUGAUUUAAAGAAGGGACAGGGCGUGGAUGCGAAGAUUUCGCAAGAUACAUUGGGUAAGGCUGGAAAGGGUGAAAUGAUGGUUAAAGAGGAGAUAAACAUUUUUGGAGAAACUGAAAGUGAGAAGGUCAAAGAUUCGAGUGAGUUAGUGAUAGAGAAUGAGGAUAAAAGUGUGGAAGAGAAGCGAGAAACGAAUAAAACUGUGGAAGAGCUUCUUUUCACUGUUGAAAAAGAAGAUGUGAAGAAUGUUGUGGAAGAAUUGUUGAAAGCUGAAAGAAAAGCUGUGGUAGUUGAACAAAAAAUUGUAGAUAUCGAAAAAGGAGAAGCUGUUUCUGUUAAACUUGAAGAUAGUAAAUUUAAAGAAAUUGAAAAUAAAACAAUUUUGAAUGAAGAAAAGGUUGGAGAUUUAGAGAAACCAAUUGAAGUUCCUGUUAAAAUUGAAACUGAAGAAGUUAACAAUAAAACGACUAUAGUUGAAAAAAAGGUAAUAGACUCUGAAAAAGGAGUAGAAGUUCCUGUUGAAAUUAAAUCUAUAACGAAAGAAGUUGAAGAUAAAAUAAUUCUGCCUGAAGAAGAAGUUGCAGAAUUUGAGAAGCCAAUAGAAGUUCCUAUUAAAGUUAAUGAUGGUAAAUUUCAAACAGAAGAAAUUAAAAUUAAAGAUAAAGUAGAUUCUGAAAAACAAGAAAGAAUUGAAAUUGAAGAUUCUAAAUCUAUAAUGAAAGACAUUGAAGAUAAAACAGAUUUAAUUGAAGAAAAACUAAUAGAUAUUCAAAAACAAGAAGAUGUUUCUUAUGUUAAGCUUGAAGAUAUUAAAUCGAAAAAAAUUGAAAAUAAGCCAACUCAGGAUGAAGAAAAAAUUAAAAAAGUUCCUAUUAAUAUUAAAGAUUCUAAAUCCAUAAUUGAAAAAAUAAAUAAUGAAACAAUUAUAGUUGAAGAAAAAGAUCUUGAAAAAAAAAUAGAAAUUCCUGUGGAAAUUAAAUCUAUAAUGGAAGAAGUUGAAAAUAAAACAACUCUGUCUGAAGAAAAAGUUGUAGAAUCUGAAAAAUCAUUCAAAGAAGUUCUUGUUAAAAUUGAUUAUUCUAAAGCCCAAGAAGAAAUUAAAGUUGAAGAAAAGGUACUGGAGAAACAAGAAACAAUUGUAGAUAAAGAUUCUAAAUCUAAAAUGGAAAACAUUGAAGAUAAAACAAUUCUUGAAGAAAGAAUUGUAGAAUCUGAGAAAUCAAUAGAAGUUCCUGUUAAGGUUAAAGAUUCUAAGAAGAUAGAAGAAGAAGUUCCUGUCGAAAUUAAAGAUUCUAAGUCAAAAACAAAAGAUAUAAACCCAUAUUAUUUCACAGACUUAGUCAAACCUUAUUGGUUCAAUUAUCGUCCUUACAUUAAGGCAGAAAUUGAUUUCUAUAGACAUUUCAAAAUAGUAAAAGUAUUAGAAGAAAAUAUACCUGCUCCUGUGUUACCAAGAUCAGAUAGUAUUGAAAGAAUUGUUCAGGAGUCAAUCAUGAAAAAGCCUAAAGAAGAAGAAAAGAAAAUGGAAAGUGUAGAGCAAUCUGAGACUGAAUGCACAAAUGCAUCUCAGGAAAUAAUUAAGGAAAAAUCUAAGGAAAUAGAAAAGGAAGCAAAAGAUACAAAGGAAUCUGAAACAGAAUACAAAAAGCAUGCACUUCAGGAAUCAAUUGAGGAAAAAUCUAAAAAAAUAGAAAAGAAAACAGAAGAUACAGACGAAUCUGAAGCAGAAUACCGAAAGUGUGCACUUAUGAGAGAAGCCCUUAAAUAUCCUAUUAGUACAUUUUAUAAAUUAGAAUCUGAAUGGGUGAAAUCUAAGCUGAUUCAAGAAAAAGAGGUCACACUUAACAAGGAAAAAGAAAAAUUACCAAUAGAAUUAAAAGAAUUAGAAGAGGUCAUACCCAUUUCUGUGGAAGAGUCUAAAUUGACAGAUAUUGAAGUAAAAUCACCAAUAAAGUUAGAAGAAUUAGAAAUCAAAAAUGAAGAAGUCACACUCUCUCCUGGAGAGGAAUCUAAAUCAGUAGAUGUUGAAAUUAAUAAAGAAAUUAUCGAAAUUUAUGAAGAAGAAAAGCCAGCAGUAAAAUUAGAAGAAGAUAAAAAGAUAAUUAAUAUUGAGAAAGAUACUAUGAAAGUUAUCGAAGAAGUUACCACAGAAAUUAAAUCUACAGAUAGAAUUUUGGAUCAAACAGCAGCUCUUAUUGAAGACUUGACUAAAGAACUCGAUAUGAUAAAGAAAGAAGAAGAGCAAAAUAAAAUUGUAACAAUUGUAGAAGAAAGAAAGAAAGAAUCUGAAGCUGAGAAAAAAGAGCAAGUAUCCGAGAAAAAGUCAAAAACGGAGAAAUCAAAGAAAGAAAAGCAAUCAAAAGGUGAGAAAUCGAAGGAUAAGAAAAAGGAGAUUUCAAUUAAAGAACAAGAAGUAAUUGAGAAAAAAGAUACUGUUGAAACAGAAAUGGCACAAAUUAUAGAACAACUUACAGAGAUUAAAAAAGAAGAAAUUAAAGAGGCUCCAUUAUCGAUCAAAGAACUUGGAAUACUUGAGGAGAAAGAUACUACUGAAACACCAGAAUUGUCACAACUUAAUACAGAGAUUAAGAAAAAAGAAAUUGAGGAGAUUUCAUUAUUACCCAAAGAAUCUGAAGUAAUUGAGGAAAAAGAUAUUAAUACUAUCGAAACUUCAGAAUUAACAAGAACGAUGGAAGAACUUAUUACUGCGAUAAAGGAAAUUUCAACAGAUGAAAUUAUUGAUCAAAAAGAAGAGAAAGAGAUGGAAAAAAAUAUUACAACGGAAGAAUUAUUAAUCACAUCACAGUCAAAAAUGGAAGAAGAAGUAAAAUCUCUGAUGGAUUCUCCAAAAGUAGAAAAAGUAGGAAAAGAAACGAAAUCGGAAAAAAGCAAAAAGAAACAGAAGAAACAAAACGAAAAGAAAGAAGAAACUCCAGUUUUAGAGAAUCCAAUUGUGACUGAACAAGAAAAUAUAGACAAGAAAGUUGUUGAGAAAUCUGUUUCUGAAAAGAAAAAGACUCCUAAAGAAUCUAAGAAAAAAGAAAUUAAAGAAGCAUCGAAAGAAGAAAAAAUUAUUACAGAAGAACCUGUAAAUUCAUUAGAAAAAGAUAUUAAUGUCAUAACUGAAAUAACAGAAACCGAAAAAUUAGUCAAUGGUAAAACAAUAGAGAUAAUAGAUUUAGAUGUAAUUCAAUCUUCAACUAAAGAAGAGAAAACUAAACUUGUAGAGAAAUCUAAAAAAGAAGAAACAAAAACAAAAUCUGGAAAACAGAAACAAUUCAAAGAGAAAUCUGAUAUUAAACCUAAAUCUACCCCAGAUAAAGAACCAAAGAAACAAGAUAAACAGGAAAAUAGUUCUCCAGAUUCGAAAAAGAGACGUGAUGGAAAAUCUAAGAAAACAAACGAAAUCCCAACAUCAGUGCCUCAAGAAAUUAUGAUUGAAAUUUCUCCAGAAGAGUUUAAAAAGGAAGAGAGUCAAAUAGAAAUAAAACAAGCAUCACAAGAAGAAAUUCAGCCAUCAGUAUGCACCAAAUCAUGGGCAUCAAUUGUUAGCAUGAAAGGAAAUACAGAAACAACCAAUAUUUCUACAGAUAUUUCGAAGGUAAUAUCUGAAGAAUCAAUAUCUGAAACUCCAAAAUUAGAAAAAAUAGAAAAAGUGGAAGAAAUUGUAUCUGAAGAACCGCAGAGUUCACCAGCACAUCAGAAACGGAUGAAACAUCAAAAGAAAAAAGAUGCAAAACAAGAGAAGAAUGUUAGUGAGAUAAAAACUUUUUCUGUCAAUAUUGAAAAUGAAGGAGAAAAAGAGAUAAUUAUUGAAAAAUCACAAGAAUUGAUCACAAAAGACUUGAACAAAUCUUACGCUCAAGUGGCUGCUUCCAACAAAAGGACUUCUCCACAAUUUAAUCAAGAAGAUGUAAUAAUUGCUAAACCAACUCCUAUUAUGCUUAAUCAAAGCAUUGAGAAAAAAGAAAUUGCACAGGAAGAAGCACUAAUAAUCACAGAAAUUGAAAACGUCAAAGAAGAAACGAUUAAAUCUGAGGAAGAGAUAACAAUGGAUAAAAAGUUUGAUGAAUUAGUUGAAAGAGAUGUCUUUAAAACGGAAUCAACUUCAUGGGUGGAAGAAAUCGAGAAAGAAGCAUUAGAAGAAGAAAUUGAUUUUAAAUCUUCUAUUCAGGAUAUUGUUGAAUCCCCGCAGAAAACGAAAGAUUCGUGGGCUGCUAUAGUUGGAAAAUAUGUUGAACCGAAAAUUUCAUCACCCACAGUGAAGAAAGAACAAACUAUCGAGCAAAAUUCGUAUCCUCAGGUACAAAUUCACGUGGAACAAGCUCCAGAACCAGUACCCAUUGAAGAAAUAGUUCAAGUAGACGAACAAGGUUUCAUAGAAUUUGUAAAUCGAAAAGAAUUGCGAUCUAGACGAUCCAGAUCACGAUCUAGGAGUGCCAGACGAGAUGAUGCAAAGCAAUCGAGCGAUAAACCUAUAAUUCCUGAAGAAAUUUUAGCAAUAGAACAGAAAGAGGAAAAUGCAGAGAAUAUUGAAGAGCAAAAGAAAAAGGAGGCGAAUAAAGGAAAAGAAGAAAAAUCUAAGAAAGAUAAACGUAAGGCAAAAUCGAAUAGUGCAGAUCGUAAUCAAAUAACAAAAGAGGAACAAGAAAAAGAGAAAAGUAAGACAAAGACGAGUGAAAUUGAGAAAGAAACGAUAGAAGAAUCAAUUGAGCAAGAUAUAGAGAAAACCAACCAAUCAAAAAAGAAAAGUAAAGGCAAAUCGAAAAUAAAAGAAGCUGAAAAAGAAAAAAGUAAGGAAGAAAUUGCUGUUGAAAAAAUUGAGAAAAAGCCUGAAGAAAAGAUAGACAUAAAGGAAAAAAAGGAAGAAUUGCAGACUAUUGAAGUUCUAGAGGCAGAUAAAAUAAUGGAAGUAAAUGGAACACAAGAUAAGAUUGCAGAAAAAUCGAAAGUAGAAACAAAAGAACAAUCCAGUAAGAAGAAUAAAAAAUCUAAAAAAGGAAAAUCUGAUAAGGACCAACCGAAACACGAAUUUAAAGAUAAGGAACAAGAUAAGCAAAUAGAUAAUGCUCAGACAACAGAAGUAGAACUAAAAUUAAAAGAAAAAAUUACGAAAGAAUCAGAAAUUAAAGAUCAAGAAGAAGCAAAAGAAAAUAUAGUAUCUGAAAUUGAAUCUAAAGAAAUUCAAGAAAAAUCAAACGAAAAUAUGAUAUUUGAAAAUGAAAGUGAACUUCAAGAAAUAAAAUCUGACAAACCAAUGCAAUCAGAAAAACGUAAAAAGAAAUCUAAAGAAAGAAAAGCAGAAAUAGCACCAAAACAAGUCACUGAAACACUUAUUGAAGAAAACAAAGUCUUAGAAUCUGAAAUACAAAAAGAAAUAUUAAAAGAACAAUCAGAGGAAAAAGAUGUUCAAGAUAUAAAAGCAACUACUGAGUUUGUUCAAGAAACAAUAUAUGAAAAACCAACUUCUUCUGGAAAACGUAAAGGAAAAUCAAAAGAAAAGAAAAAAGCAAUUACCACAGAAACAUCAAUUAAAGAAAAGGAAUCUAGAUCUGAAAUCAAAGAAAUAUUAAAAAAGGAAUCAGAUAUUGAGGAAAUUAAAGAAAUUGAAGAAGAAUUAAAAACAAUUAUGAAAUCUGAAGAUGAAUAUAAGUCUGAGAUUGCUCAAGAAACAAAAUCUAAAAAAUCAGAACUUUCAGAAAAAAAUAAGGAAAAAUCUAUGGAAGAGGAAGUCACUAAGAUAUCAAUUGAAAAAAAGAAAUUACCUGAACUUAAAACUAAAGAAAUUGGAGCAGAAAUUCCACUAGAACAAAUUACUGAAACAUCAAUUGAAAAGAAUAAAAUAUCAGAAAAAGAAAUAGAAAUUGAAGAAGACAAAGAAGUUCAAAAAGAAACAUCUAUAAAGUAUGAAAUUGAAAACAAACCUGAAAUUGUUCAAGAAACAAAAUUUGAAAAAUCUCCAAAAAAGCGUAAAGGAAAAUCUAAGGAAACAAAAGUAGAAACUGUAUCAGAACAAAUCACUAAGAUAUCAAUUGACGAAAAAAAAUUAUCUGAAUUUGAAACUAAAGAAGAAAUAUCGAGUCAAAUAAUAAAAGAAGAAGAAGUAAUUAAAAAGAAAAGAGACGAUACUGAUCACACUAAACAGGAUAUUACUAUAGAGAAUGAGAUAGAAACAAUUACGAUAACAUCUGAGAAGCUGAAAGAAAAGGAAAACUCUGUAAAAGAAUCAAUAGAAUUACCACAAACAAUCGCUAGAGAAAUUUCAGAUAGUAAAAUAGAAACAAUAAAAGAGAAAGAGGAAACAAAAAUUGAACAAGCAACAGAAAUAGAAGACAAAUCUAAAAUUUCGAAAAAAGAAAAACGGAAACAAAAGAGAAAAGAAAAAUCAGCUACAAGAGCAACUAGCCAAGAAAAAUUGAAGAACGAAAAAUCAGAAGCGAUUUCACAAGAGCAGAAAGAAGAAAUAAAUAUGGCAUCUGAAACGUCAGAUGAAUUAAAGGCAGAAGAAAUAUCUACAGAAAUUAUUUCAACUAAUGAAAACAAAGAGAAAAAAGAUACUAAUGAAAUAUCUAAAGAAAUUGAAAAAUUAAUUCUUUCUGAAGUGAUUCCUGAUGAGAUAAAGCUUGUACCAGAAACUAUGCCUAUAUCAGUAUCCAAAGAAGAAAUAAAAAUAAUUAAAGAGAAAAUAGAAUUAUCAAAGUCAAUUGAAGAACAAGAAAUAAUUUCUGAUGAAAUAAAGCUUGUUCCCGAAACUUUACCUAUAUCAAUAUCCAAAGAGGAAAUAAAAUCUAUUCAGGAGAUAGCAGAAUUGCAAAAACCAACUGAAGAAAAAGAAGUAGUUUCUGAUAAAAUCAAACUAGAAACUAUCUCUGUAUCAAUAUCUGAAGAUAUGCAGUCUAUUAAAGAGAAAACAGAAUUUCCAAAACCAAAAGAAAAUGAAAUUUCUGAUGAAAUAAAACUUGUUCCAGAAUCUUUAUCUAUAUCAAUAUCCAAAGAGGAAAUACAAUCUAUGAAGGAAAUAAUAGAGGUACCAAAACCAAUUGAAGAAAAAGAAGAAAUUGUAAAUAAAACAAAAGACGUUGCUGAAGAAAAAGGAGAAAUAAUUGAACCAGUGAUAGAUAAAGACAAAAAACAGGAAGAUUCGUCAUCUAAAAAAUCUAAACGCAAGAAUAAACAAGCAAAAAAAGGUAAACACGAAGAAGCAGAGACGGAAAUAAAAUCUACAGAUGAAGAUCUAUCAUCAAAGGUUGAAAAAAAUAUUGAAAUAUUAAGCACAGGUUCUUCUAUUCCCACUCCAGAUACUCCAAAAGAAAUCCUUCAAAUUGAAGAGAAGAUAUUGAACGUGACGAUACCUGAACAGACAAUAGAAGUUAAUGAUAUAUUAACAAUUGAUGAGAUUAAAAAAGAUGAAAAAGAAAUUAAAAACACAAUAGAGCAGGAAAUUGUUUUUGAAGAAGAAAAGACACUUUCUAAAACUCAAGAAGAAAUUGAAGAAAUUAAUGUACAGAAAAUUGAAGAAAUAUCAUCGACCUCUCCUAUAAAAAAGAAAAUUACAAAAGAAGAAAAAUCUAAAACAAAAGAAACAAAAGACGAAGGAUAUGAAAAUAAAUCUAAAAAUGAUGAUAAAGAAAUUCAUGAAAUAAAAUCAUUAACUACCGAAGAAAAGAUAGUAGAUAAGAUUUCUGAAGUUAUAGAAGAUACAAUCAUUCCACUUGAAAUGGAAAAACCAACGGAAACCAUUGAAUCAACUGAAAUAACGAUAAAUGGUACAUUGAAAAAAGAAACUGACGAGAUCGAAAAAGAAAUAAUUAAAAUAGAAGCAAUCGAAGAGGUACAUCCAGAAAUUGUGAAAGAAAAUAUAAUCCAAGAAAUCGACAAAGUCCCAGAACAAUUUAUACCGAUCGAAAAGCUGUUAGACGAGAUCGAGUCACCCAUAAUAAUAGAUUCGAUUGAAUCUCAAUUAGAAACCGAGGAAGAAUUCGAGAAAUGUAUAUCGAGCGAACCAGAAAUAGAGACGGUUGACAUAGUGAUCGAACCAGCAAAACCAAAAGUACAAUUUUACAUAGCCGAUGAGAUUCUAGUUCUAAGUCCCGAGAAAAAGAAACCUGUCCAGACUCCUCUAAUCUUAAAGACCCUGUCAGAACUCAGUAGGUCCAAGUUCCUCUCCCUCGAUAGCGGUUUCUGGCCGGACAAACAUCCCUAUCACGAGGCUGAACGCUAUCUAUUCGAAAACUUGGCUAAUUAUCCAAAAGAAAAUACUUCAGGCGAUAUUAAACGCGAUUCUAACGAUCCGGAUGAUUUUAACGGGGGGGAUCAGAAUGAUGGUAAUUUGAAUAAUCGCGGUGGAAACGGUGGUCCCAUGAAUUCUUUCUUCUUGGGUGGACCUCAUACCGAGCGUUUGAUAGCCGAUCUUCCAGGUGGUAUAGGUAGCUGGAGCGAUUACAGUACUUACUUGUCGAGCGAGAAUGAACAGAGAACGGAGAAUCAGACCACGGAGCUGGUCCAGGAAAAGAUCGAGAAUCCAACGUUAGAUCUAACCCUUCCCUCAGACGAGGUAGUUUCCGAAUUAUCCUCCGUCCACCUCGAGGAUGACCAGUCUAUUUCCAAAUUCGACGAAUUGUCACUCGAGUCUGUUCCUACGACAUCGGAAAAUUCUGAGGAGAUCAAGUUACAAUCAUUGUCCGCUGUCGAAGUGUCUCCACUCGAUGAACAACCCUCCAAGUUAGAUCACGAGUUUUUUACCGCGGUUGAACGACUAGAAUCCUGUUUCGAUCCAUCGUGCGAAUUGUUCCCAGUACCAAAUAUCCCUGACCAUGGUCCAGAUCCCAAGGAAAAUUUAGGUAUUGAAAGAGGAUCGAUGCAGCGGCACACUCCAAUCGUGGAGGCGAUGGAGAGAGAGAUGGGGGUGGCUGAGGAUGAGGCUGAAAAGAGGAUACGAGGGAUCAAGGACAUCAUACAGGAACGCCUAAUGGUUUUACAAUUGAGUCUUUCGAACUUAAAAGGAACUUAUUUACCACGAGAUAACAUAGACACUAUGCUCUCUGCACUCACGAAUUUGAUAACGGAGCUUCAAAGUUAUAAUCAAGAGACGCAUCACUUGGAAGAGGAAUUGCAUAAAAUACCAGCCGAUUUAGAGGCUCAAAAGCUUCUAUCCAAUCUAGAAGAAAUUCAAAGUAAAAUUACAACCCUGUUGACGCAAGCGGAACAAGGGCGUGCCACCCUUGAGGGUGCACGUGGACGUCAAGAGCAACGUGGCCAUGAUAUUCAUGCGUAUAAAAAAUUCUUGGAUGAAACGGAUAGUUGGUUGAAGAAUAUCGUGGCUAGUAUGAAACAGGAAUCACCGAUUGCUACGAACAAGGCUUUACAGGAUGAGUUGAGCAGUCACGCGCAGCGGGUAUCGGAGCUUGAAUCUUUGCCAGAGAUCAGCACAUUGGCAAAAGUCAUGAAGAAUGCGCUGUUGGAGAUGAUGUCGCGUCUGCAGCAAAGGCAGCAGGAGGUUCGCGACGAAGAAGCGCGAGCUGAUGAAACAUCAGACCGAGACGAUGCUACCCUCGAUCAAGCACCCUCGAUUCAUUCUUCCCUCGAAAGUAAUAUGCCAUCUCUAGCUGAUGUUUCCUUGCAGACAGGACAGAGUUUGUUAGCCAACGAGAUCGCCGUCGAGAAACCGCAACAACUCACCAAACAAACCUCCACCAAUCAAAUUCCAAUCGCGACAGAAUGUCACUCGUUGACCACCCAAACCGUCGACACGGUACACCCUGCUAUGGAGAGCAUCCAAACCCAAGAAACAAUAAAGAUUCUAAAAACCACGGAGGGUGAUCACGACGUUAUCGAGAUAGCCACGAAGAACGUGCCAACUUCCGCUCAGGAAAUAGUUCAAGAUCGUCCCGAACAAAUAACGGAAGAUAUCGUUGUUGACAUGAAAUAUCAAGAUCCCACGAACACUGACAACACCACCAGUGAGUUAAACAUCGUCCACGCUGCUCCGCAAUCAUUCGAGACCGUUUUAGUCGAACCUGACGACGUGAUUACCGAAGUGGUGGUAGACGAAGAUGGUUCCAAGAGAAUAAUAGUAAGGAAAUUGAGGCGAACCACGAUGACCAGCAGACAAACAACUCAACAGCAUCUGUCUUCGACGUCUACCGCCAUUGGCGACGCCCCAUCCGUGGUGCAGGCUUUCUCAGAGGCUACCAUGAAAGAUCAGCAGGUCACUAUAACUACCACGAAGCCGGAUGGUACGAUAGAGACUGUUACGAAACAGAUCCAUGGGGGAAGAGUGGCCACAGGUACACCAUUCAAAGACGUGAACGUGGAUGAAUACGAGUCAUCUCCGCAAUAUACGCACACGGUGACUCAAGGCCGCAUUCGAGACAUCAGUCCUCAACCAUUCGAAGAGGGGAUUUUAAUGGAGGAUGGAGAAUAUCGGGCAAAAACGUCCAGCGUGCACGCUGUGGUGCAACAAGUGACUAGAAGAGUGGUUAGGAAGACUAGAAGAAUUAUCAGAAAGGUUACCAUCAUCGAUGGUAAGGAAACUACCACCGAGGAGAUAAUAGAGGAGCCCGAGGAAGUGGAGAUCGAUGAAAAGAAUAUUCCACAUAUAAGUAUUAAUGUGAUUAAGCAAGAGGAGCAGAGGAAUCUUGGUAAAGAUGAAGGAAUUGAAGAGAAGACCCCAGAUCGCGUUGAGGAUGAGAAAGAAGAUAAAGAGGACGGAGAUUCGAAAGUGGAGAAAGUAAUUACCGAUGAUAUACCUAUGCAAGGACCAUUCUUUGGUGCAUUUGCUAAAGAUAUGCAUCCAAGCACGACUUACUUAGUAACAGAGAGAGAAGAGCCAGACAAGAAAGACAUUCUUGCAAUAGAAAAGAAGGAGGAAAAAAUUGAUAUAAAUGUUCGAUCAGAGAAGGGUCUGGAAAAUCCACUCGAAUUUUCAGACGUUCAAGAAUCUUUACAAGAUCUAGAAGAAUCUUUAUUACGGAGUGGAAGAAACGACGAGUCGUUAAAAGCGAUCGAAAAGAAAGUUGAGCCAGCUGAUAAAUACGAGCACGAGCACUUUUUGGUCGAGGUAAAUGGCAAAAAGUUCCUUCAAUCGACCAGCCAGGCGUUUAUCGAUGCUGAAGUGUCGGCUACUUUGCAGAGCCCGUGUCAAGAGAUCAAGAUACGGGAGUCGGAAGUACAGGAAGAAUUAGCCAAAUCUUCGAUCGAAUCUGUCGUGUCAGAGGACUUGACGAGCGUGACUAAAGGGACUUGUAAGUUUAUCGAUGCACCAGUAAGCAGAGAAACACCCCGUAUCGAGGUAGAAGAUCGCACGGUAGAUGUAGAAAAGCACCAUGACACUAGAGGCACCGUAGAUGUACCUGUCCUAGAAGAAAAAUCUUCGAUAGAAAGAUGGAUGAAAGAGAAAUCGGAAUCGUUAACAAAAUUAUCUUCGACAGAGGUGCAAAAGAGAGUUCACGUUUCAGAAGAACGACCAGUUCAGUUCGAAGAGAUAGUUCCUUCGACACCAAUCGAGAGGAAAAGGCACGUGGAAUUGGAGGCAUUACCGAUUGACGUGAAGCAGCAGAUAGUGAAGAAUUCUUUCGUUCCAGAGAUCGAUUAUUCGAUCGAUGAUUACAUGGACGAGGCAUUGAAACCGGAAUACAAACCCAUCUUUCACAAAGUAGAGAUAUCUCUGGCUGUAAAGAGGGAAGGUGAAGAGAUGCAACCUACUGUAUCUGUGAGGAGUCAGUCUGAACCGGAAGCGGCUCCUUAUCGCUUAGUGAAGGAAGACGUCGACAUCAGACUUCCGGCAGACAAAGAGAGCAUCUCGGUGAUUCACGACAAAAUUGUUCAAACAUCUCCACCAACGGUCGAAGCUAAAGUUAUCGGUUUAGAUAAGUCUGUCGGUGGUUCGGAGAAAGAAAUCGUCAAAUCUGUCGUUACGUCUGAGAAAGAGGAGAUUGACAAAUCGAUCAUCGCUUCAGAGAAAGAAAUCGUCACGUCUGAAAAAGAGGAAACUGACAAAUCGAUCAUCACCUCGGAAAAAGAGGAAAUCUCUGAUCAUGUCGUCACGUCGGAGAAAGAGGACGAAUGUCUGACAGAGCCUACGGUGGAACCAGAAGCAGAGGCAAUUACACGAUCGGAGAAGAAGAUGGAAAAACGGAUUGAAUCGCCGAUGCUGUCCACGGAAACGAAAUCGAGCGUUUCUUUAAUGUCCAACAUCGGAGACUCGAUGGAAAUCGAUGUGCCGUUGUCCGAUUCAUCGAGGCACGCGAGCGAGGCACCGCAACCCGACAUCGCGAAAAUGUUUGAAUCCAGAGAAGUAGAGUUGUAUUUGAAAGAAGAAACAUCGGAAGGGGAAGACGGUUACGAGGCGGAUAGAACGAUCGUGACGACUACGCCGGAUGACGAAACUGUGACGAAAACGAAGAGGAGGAGGAAGAAGAAGCAGAGGGUGCGAAGUAACAAGGACGAAGAGCAAACUGAAUUCCCUAAGACAACCACCGAUGAUGGAGAAUUCACGGACGAUGAGACGCUGGCAGAGAGCGAGGAUGCGAAAGCUACGAAGAAGAAAAAGAAGAAAAAGAAACGGGAAGAGAUUGACUUCGGUAAAGAAAAACUCGUUCCGACCAUGAUCGUGGCGGAUACUCAAACUGUUCCUCGAGAAUUCAGCGUCUCCAUUGCUACGUCCCCGAAACAGGAGAAGGUAUCGGAGAUUUAUAUUCAAACGUCGCCCCAUUUAUUGGAAGACGUUAAGUUGAAAAUCGAAGAGAUUCACGAAGAGGUGCAAACUUCUCCCCAAAUUUCGCUAGAAGAGAAACCUGAAACGCCCAAAGUGAAAGAAGUUCAUGCGGAGAUGCAAACUUCUCCAUUGCCUGCUUCGGAUUUCGGCAUGCAAACUGUACCGGAAGAGAAAGAAUCGGAAGCUGAGAAACCGAUUAUACAACACUCGGAAAUGCAAACAUCUCCAUUACCAGCUUCAGACUUUAGUGGUCAGACUGUGGAGGAAGAGGCGCCCAAAAUAGAGGAAAUAAGCACUCAGACCAUGGAAUCGCCUAUCAAGGAAAUGGAAGAAUAUGCUGUUCAAACGAGUCCAAUCGAAGAUAUCGAGCCAGAAGUUGUUCCGAUCGAAACUGAGGAAAUUCAAGUUCAAACUGUGGCCACGGAAGUAGCUUCUAUCGAAGCACAAACAUCACCCACCGCGCCAUCUAUGGAAAUUGAGACGCAGACCGCGGAAAAAGUCGUGGUCGCCGUUGAACAACAAACCACUCCACCUCCACCUCCAGAAGAAAAGAUUCUAACUGGAAUAGCUGUUCAAACGGUAACUCCUGAAGUACCCAAGACCACAGAAACGGAAGCACAAACUAGCAAACCGACCACUCCGGAAAUAACUACGUUGGACUUCAAUGUGCAGGCAGAUCUAAUAGAACAGCCCGUUGUCGACGUAGUGGAAACUCAAACGACACCGGAGGAGAGUCCACGACAAACGGAAACUCACGAAACUGAGUCACAGACGAUUCAGCCUGAGUCAACUCAAGAAAUCAUGAUUCAAACUUGUCCAGUUACUUUCGCUCCGGAGAAGGUCGAGGUUUGCGAGUUAUCUUCUCAGACUAGCAUGGAAGAGAUCAAGGAAUCGAUAGACGAACAAUCUCAGACCAUAACCCCGGAGAAGGUAGAAACGUUGGAUAGUUCGGUACAAAUAAAGAUAAGCGAAUUAAUAGAGCAGAUAGAAGAAAGUGUGCAGAUCAUUCCUGAAACACGGGAGGAGAGUGAGCAAACGAGUAUCGAAGAGAAGAAACCGUUGCUGGUGACAUCUUCUCAACAAACAAAUGAAGAAGCAUCGCAAGUUGUCGAAAAAGAAUUUGUAGCGGAGGAUGAGGAAGGCAACUUGGUCGAGGCCGUGAUAGACGAGGUUGAUGCGUCAAUAGAGGAGAUAAAGGCACCUCUGAUACUUACAGAAAUUCCAGUAGCACCUGAUGUACAAGUACAAGAAACUAAGGAGUACAUGGAUACGAAAACUGAGGAAAUAACAGAACCGGUGUCUGUUAUUGAGGAGCCUUUAAAAGUAGAGGAGUCAAGGAAUGAGAGCUCACAGGGUAUCUCCGAUAUAACGGAGUCUAAGUCGGAAAGCGAAGAGACGAUGGCGCCUUCGUUGGAGGAGACGGAGACAACGGAUGCUGGAUUUGAGAUUCGUUUGCGGGCAACCAUAGAAUUGUGCCCCGACGAGACUACUACGGAUACCACUAGUAAAUUAACCGAUAAUUCGCGAGACACGACUAUUACCGAAGAUCUAAAUAUCACGGGAAAAGUGGAGGACAGUAGCGUGGUGAAGAGACAGAAACGUAAGAGGAGACACAAAACUAUUGAAAUUUCGGCGACGAGUGAAAAGGAUCUGGAAUCCAUAUUCGGACAGCCUGUAGAAUCGAAAGAUGUUUCUCUGAAAUUGUCUUAUUCCGACGUUGCUAAGAAAAAUGUGGGCAAAGAGAAGUCGCCUCCUAGAGAAGAUGUUGAAAAAGAUUUUGAAAAGGAUGAAUCUAUCCGGAAAGAAUCUCCAGAAUUUGUAGAGAGUGUUAAAGAAAGUGAAGAAAAAAUAGAAACAGAUGCGCUGGAGCCAAUAGCCGUUAAAGAGAUUCAGGAUGUGUGGACUUUGGGUAAAGAAAAGAUAGUCUCGCCUAUGGAAGCAGAAAUACAACAGAUGCCAGUAAUUACGCACACGCCUUCUCCUGAACCGAUGGACACGACGGAGGAACCAUUUUCUCCUGUGGAAUCAAUUCACCAAGAGGACGAUCGACCAAGGAUUAAAACCUAUGCGGAUAUUAUCAACGAAUCAUCGAAGAAAUCGGAAAAAGAUCAACCUUCAACGUGGGAAUUAUCUCAGCACGUUGUCCCGCAAAAAGAAGCGAGUUCGAAGGCUUUCUUGAUAGCUGAGAGUACAGAAUACGAGCCCCAACAUCAGAUCACGCAAAGCAGUCAAACGACCAAAGCGAUUUCUGAUCGAAUGCAAAGUUUUCGAAAUGCCAAACAAUCUAGUCAUCUUGGAAAUAUCCUUCAUAUCGCUCAUCUGGACAAAGUGGCGAAUGAAAAGUUGGCCGAGGAGCGCGCAGCUGACAUAAGGAAAGAACUGUCUCACCUGAGGGACGCUGCCCAAGAGAAAGACGCGAUCACCGUGGAGGAGACUCUCGUUGUCAUCGUGGACACGAUUUCCACUUGGUUGGAGACGAUCGAGUACAGAAUCUUCUUGAGCAAAGAGUGUCCUACGGGUCCCUCUCACGAUGAUCAGACUUACGUCGAACUGAGGGACGAAGUGGAGAACGUGGAGGAGAAUAUUCAAGAGCUGAACAACGUUUGGAAAUUAGUUGAGAUGAAUUAUCCGAGAGAAGAUCGUAAUAAUUUGCAGGAAUGUCUCGAUACCCUCAUGCACCAGGUUAAAAUGAUAGAGGACGCGACCGACGAUGGGGAGAAAUAUCUUACGAACGAGCUUGCUAGAUGGGAUGAAUUCGUAAACGGAGUGUACAACAUGUACAGAUUAAUCGAGGAACAACGAAAACAUCUGAACGACGUGAUCGAGCUCGAGACAUCCACGAAAUGGAAGCUCGAAGAGCUGGAUAAAUUGGAGAAUAUGAAUCAAUGUCACAUGUGGAAAACAGCAUCGUUGCUCACCGUAUCUCACGAAUUGUUGCGGGAUUAUCCUGGAAAGCACAUUCCUGAAGAGACUUACGCGGCUCACGAGAUGACUAAGAUAAUCGAGCAUGGGAUAUGCAUCGAACGUGAACGACUUCUUCAGCUGCUCGCGUUGGCCGAAGAAUACGAACAAACUUUGCGAGAAUUCGCACAGAUCACCGAGAUCGCGGAGAACUUAUUAGAGAGCCCUAUCUCGGUGAUGAGUUUGGAACAUUUGCAGGAGGAGAUGCAGAAACACAGAAAAUUCUUCGUGAAUUUGAAUCAUUGUCGAGGAAUCUUGGAAUCGUUGGAAGGGAAUCUUGAUCCGGAAACGAGGACCAAAUACUCGGAUCUUCACGAGGAGCUGCACAGUAGGGCUAUAUCGUUGUUGGAUCAGGCCGCGUCUAGAGCUCAGCAAAUGGCUCUUGCAGCGUCCAGAUGGAUUCUUUUGGAACAGGGGGUGAAGGAGGAGAGAGGAUGGCUACAAGUUGCUCAUCAACGAGUACCUGAUCUUCAAACAGUCACGUCAUCCGAUUACGAUCAAUAUAUCUCAUUGUAUCAGUCUCUGGCAACGGACGUUGCAACGCAUCACGCAAGACUCAUUCAGCUUUUGAACGUAGCGCGAAGUCUAGAAGAACUGGUGAAUAUCGAGGAUCCCGAGGAUCGUUACGGAGAGGCUUUAGACGUAAUCGUAAAACUUCAAGAUAAUGUGGAAUCGUCGUUGAGGAAAUUGCUGUCGUUCAAAGAGAGUUGGGUUAAUCAAGAAAUGUUGAUGAAUCGAUUGGAGAAUUGGAUGACAUCGGUGGAGAAGGAAUUGAAUAAUCUGCGCGAUCCUUCGGGGGGUCACAUACGUCAAUUCUGGGAAUUGAAAGCGCAAUACGAGGUCCACAACAACAUUCGAGAGGAGGCCAACAACAGUUUCGAGCAAGCCCUGAGAAUAAUUCCCUUGUCGGAUGAAAUGUUGCAAAGACAGUUCCAUUGCGAGCUCCAAGAUCGGUGGAACGACGUGACCCAACAGAUCAACACCAUCCAAGAACAAGUGACUCGAAACAUCUCUUCCGAGGAGAUAUCGUCCAACGAGAAAUUAAAAUUACUCGAGAGAGAAUUGAACGAGUUACGGGUAACGAUCGAUGGAUUCCACGGUGUUUUGAAGACCGAGGAGGAGCUGGAUCUUUACAUCGAACGGUUGACAGUCUUGUUCGACAGGAUCUGUUUGAUCCAGGACGAAUUAGGUCGCUUAGGUUUGCUUCCUGUGGCGGAAAGCGAGAAGGUCGGCGUGUUGCUGUCCUCGGCUCGCCGAAUAGAGAGUCAAAUCAGCGAGGAAUUAGAUGCAGCGCAGUUGCUUAGGGAAAGGCUUCAGUCAAUUCAGCGCGGCCUCAGCCGUAUUAGAAAAAUCCAUCAACGGCAAUCAUCUAUAUUGGAUCAAUGCGAGGGAAGCGAACGACAGGGAAGUGACGUGGUCGCAGCCGCCGUGGAUCGAUGUCAAACGGUAGCUGACGAGCUUGCGGUCUUGUGGCAGGAUAUUAUGGGCCUCAGACAAUUAUUGCACACCCUGCCCACGGUGAUGAGAGUCUCGGUUUCUCCGGUCAGCGUGGAGCGAGACAUUUCGAAUCUUCAAGAUGCCCACACCGAUCUGGAAUCCAGAUGCUCGAGAUUGUUGGCGUUAUUGAAGAACAGACUUGCUCUGUGGAGGAGAUUCGAGAAACAGCUGGAAAUGGUGCAGCAAUCGGUUCAGGAGGCUGAUUACAUGAUGGAGUUGUUGACCGUGCAAGGAUCUGUCGAUUACGACAGGCUGCUGAAAGCUACCGAAAGGCUAGAGGGUCUCAGCGGUGAUUUGGGUGCGCGAGAAGUUCUCAUUGGCGAAUUGCGAGAAGCUGCCGAACCUCUGCGGGAGGGUUGCGCUGCAGAGGUCCGCGAGAAGGUCGAAGCGGCGGUAAAUGAGGCCGUACAGGCCUGGGAGGAUACCAGGGCCGAAUUAGAUGCCCUUUGCACCAAGUAUCAGCACGCGUGCAGAUUGUGGCAACAGUACAAAGACUCGAGUGCUGCGGUUAAGGCCUGGGUGGACACGCAAAUGGACAGCGUCGCCAAUCUCCCACCUGAAGAGGCCGUCAAACACAUCAAGGUUUGCGAGGAGACGAUGGCGGAGCACAAGGAAAGAUUGGCGGAGCUUCAAGGCCUGGUGGCACAGAUCGCGUCGGACGUCGGGUUGGACGCGAGUGGACCGUUGCACUGCGAAGUGGAGGCGCUUGGACAACGUCUCGAGGAUAUCCGUGAAACGUUAUCGUGCCUCGCGGAUGCGGCGCACGCCCGCGCCCUCAACCAGGAGCUCGCACGUGGUGAUUUAUGUCAGACGAAAAGUUUCCUGGAUUCGGUCCAACAGAGCCUCACCGCGGUGGGUCAAGGCGAAUCGAAGGAGCAACUGGAGCUCCUCCGCAACCAUCUUCUUGCGCUCACGUGCACGGAACCGCAGCUACAAUCGAUCAAGGAACGCAGCUUGGAAGUAACGACGCAAGAACCGUCGGUUGUCGAGGUGUUGAAACUGUGGCAGAAGGUGUUCAGAGAAACCUUCCAACAGUAUCACCGGUUGUCGGCUCUUCUAGUCAAAACGCAGGAUGGCGCCACUGCCUUGAAACUUUGGCAAGAGUAUUUGUUCUACGUACAAGAUUUCCUGUCCAACGAUGUACCAGGCGACUACAACGGUUUGUCGGAGCACAGGAACCUCUGCGAGGUGCAUCAGAAUCUCCUGACCGAUCAACAGAAUCUCAUUCUCACGGUUCGGGCGGAAGAGGGGGGUAAUCUGUCGAAAACGGAGCAAUUCAACAUUCUGACGAACCAACACAACGAAACGCUGGCCAAGAUAAUGGAGAGGCACGCGGCUGUGCGCGACAGAUUGGCUGCGUGGGAUCGGUACAAAUUGGAUCAGAGUAAACUGUUGUACUGGCUGAAGGAGAUCGAAAGAGAGAGGAGCCAGUUACGCUUCAGAUUCAUCCAGAUACAGAGGUUGGACGAAAUUCUGCAGAGGAUAGAGUCGUUGCUGGACAAGAUACCCGAGGGCGAGGCCCAAUUGGAAUCUCUGCAGAGGCAACAGGAGACACUGCUAGCCAAAUGCGACGAGGCAUUGGCCGUGACCAUUCACAGGGAUCACGCGGCCAGCGUACAAAGAAUCAACAAUCUGAGCUCCAGCUUGGAGAUGUGGAGGGAUCACAUCCCGAGGAUACAGAAACGAUACAAGGAGUACGAGGAAAAGUCGAAGGAAAUCAACGGUACGUUCACGGAGAUCGGCCAAGCUUUCAGUACGGCGUUCCACUCGAGUCCUGCCAGUUUGACGAGAACGAAACAGCAAUUGGAAUCCGUGCACCAGAUGCAGAACAGAUUGUCCUCGAUGAGCAUAGACUUGGAAUCGUUGGGCGUGAUGAUACAACAAUUGAGGGAGGAUCUCAGUCCGACCGAUAUAAAAUCGUUGAACGAGCAACGGGCGCUUUUCCGGCUGCAGCACGAGGAUCUGGAACAUCAGGCAGCGUUGCUGGUAUGUAGAUUGGAGGAGCGUUGUGGCUUGUACGAUCGGUGGAGGGAUAGAUUGGCCAGGUUACUCGCGUGGAUAGGAGAAACCGAGGUCAGGAUCCAGGAUUGUGACUCGCCGAACGAGCCCGAGGAAACCCUUAAAAAAUUGGAAUGCGAGAUACAAUCGGACAUCGCGUUGAAACAGCGAGAAUUAUUGUGGAUACAGAACACUGGGCAAGAUUUGGUGGAAGUGGCGGAGGAAGAGGAGAGCGAAAGGUUGCAACGAUCCCUGGACGAGUUGAACGAGAGGUGGGAUCGAUUGGUGGCCAUGGGGAAAGCGAGGGCUAGCAAAUUGAUGGACUUGAUGAGGACGAUGAGCACGUUGGAGAAGAGGAUAAACGAGUUGAGAAGCUGGCUGGCCAGCGUUGAAAGCCAAUUGUCGGAGACGUUCGUGGUCGAGGCGAUCGAGCAGAGUUGCAUAGACAAGAAGCUGGACGAUCACGAACAUCUUCAGAAGACGAUCGAGGCGGAGAGCGGAAAUAUCGGCGAGGUGUUGAACCUGUGCGAGAUCCUGUUGAACGAUUGUGACGCGUGGAAAACCUCUUUCAACAACGCGAUCAAAAGCGGGAUGGAAGGUUUGGAGCGUAGAUGGACAACCACCUGCGUGAAAUCGGCGGAGAGGAAGGGGAAUAUCAUUCUCGCGUGGAAAAUUCUGCAGGAAUUGGAGAAGAUCAGGUUGGAGCAGGAAGGUUGGCUCGCGGAAACGGACAAGGCACUCGCGGAAUUGGAGAACAACUUGGACGAAGUUUCGAAGGACGAGUGUAAGAAGGCUAUCGAGAAAGCGAGAAGCGUAUCCGACGACGUAGAGGCGCACGAGCCGGUGAUCAAGAUAAUCGAGCAAAACUUUGGACGUUUAGCCAGAACGGGUUUGGAACCAGAUAACUUGAAAUCGCUUAUCAGCGAAACCAGACGGCUUAUCGAUAAAUGGCAAACGUUCAAGCCUAGAGCAAAUGCCGUUCUAUUGGCUCUGCAGAAAGGGCAGAAGAAUUAUCGAGACUUUAUCACUGUGCACGGCGCGGCGGUCGUUGGACUGACGCAAGUCGACGUUCGAUUGACCAGGACGCAACAUUUGGCCACGCCGGAACAGAAAGCGUCGAUUCGUCGUAGAUUGCAGCAAUUGAACGAGAUCGAGGAAGAACUUCGCACUCAGAACAUCACGUUGCAGAAGGCGGACGAAUUGGCGCUCAAGGUUAUGCAAGAAUGCCAUCCGGAUGACGUGGCGAAUAUCCAAGAACUGGUGGACGAGUAUCAGCUGUUGUGGAAGGACAUUAAGAAGAGAGUGGCGUCGUUAAGAGCGGAAAUAGAGGGGCAGGAGAAGUGUGAAGUCGACGAGGCUGUGCAAGUGGAAACGUUGAAAUUCGAGCAGGACAGUGCUGUUCAAGUGGAUACGUUGCCUAGGUUAUUACGAAUGACUUCUAGCGACGCAUACCUGAUGGAACUGGAGGCUGCUCUCGUCGAGUGCAACGAUGCAUUGGAUACGUUGCAAUUAGCGAUCGCUCCGGAUCCUGUUGCUGGACCUGGAUUAAAUGCGAUUGCUAAAAAUAUCAGUAAAUUAAUCGGAAGCUGUCAAUCGUCGAUCGAACUGGUUCGUCAUUUGCAUAGUUUGCUCAUAGAAGAUGGAAAAUUGAGCGCGCAAGCGGCCAAGGCUAACGAGGUGGCUGCGUUAACGGAAAGAUACGAAAAUCUUCUUAUAUUGGCGAGAACGCGAGAACAACAAAUCAGAGAACUCAGGUCACCUAACUCCGACGUUUACACCUCUCCUUGCGAUCACGACAAUGGCAGAUUAACUUGUCCCCUAUGUUCGCGUCGUAACUGGGCCCAACUGGAGAACGAUCUUUGGAGGUUGGAGAAAUGGCUGGAAUUCGCUGAAGGGACCCAAAGCGCGCAACAUUCGCCACCUGGCAAUAUCGAACAAUUGGAGGAUGUGAUACAAGAUCACAGAGAAUUCGUGCUCGAUCUAGAUUGCCACGAAAGUAUUCUUGCCAGUCUGAACACGGUUGGCGCGCACUUAGCCGAUCACACGGAGGAGUUGCUUCGAGCAACGCAGCUCAGAGACAGAUUGGCCGUUGCGAAUACGAGAUGGGUGAAAGUUUGCAAAGUAGCCGCACAUUGGCAGGAACAAUUGCAGACUGCCCUAAUGUCGAACGAGCAAUUCCAUCGUAUCAUAGAGGAAUUGGUUACCUGGUUGGAGAAAACUGAAGUCAGUAUACGAGCCAGCGAACCGGUCGAUCUGACCGAGUCGCCGGAAAUUAUGACUGCAAAGUACAAUAAAUUCAGGGAAUUGAGAAGUGAUUUGGAGCGAUGCGAGCCUCGAGUUUUGUCGCUUCAAGAGUCGGCCAAUCAAUUAUUGGACGAGAAAGGCGAAACCAGAGCACGCCUACAGGAACUUCGCCUCAGAUUGCAGUCCCUUCGACGGUUAACCGGGAUAUACGCUUUAAAAUUAGGGGCAGCCCUAGGGAUGGACCCUCGGGACGUUGGACUCGCAGCCACUACCUCUUCCCUCGCUUCCCUCUCACACGAUUUGCUCGACGAAGCUGCCUCUGGAACCGUUCAGCCCCACGACGCACCUGGCACACAUGGUGACGAUGGCGAGCGUACGGUAUUGUCUCGGGGAUACCGUUUCCUGGGCCGCGUGUUACGCGUUUCCCUGCCGAUUCAAGCGUUGAUGCUUCUAUUCCUCGGCGUCGCCUCCCUGGUUCCUUCCGCCGAAGAAGAUUACAGCUGCAUGCUGUCGAACAACCUCGCCAGAAGCUUCACGCCAAUGGUCGUUUACCCGAACGGGCCGCCGCCGAUCUAACGAUAAAGAAGCUUAAUCUCGGGCGCGCCGACUUCGCCGGACCCAGACGAACUUACAACCGUAACAUCCAGAGGAGUCGCGGGAAGCGGAAGCGCGAGAUCACGCACGAUCUGCGUACCUACUUAACUAGUCUGUCGUAUGGCGAUCCGUCGAUGGUAUCGAGAAUGAUCGAUGAAUGAGAAAAGAUCUGUUUUUUUUUUUUUUCUUUUUUUCUCUCUCUUAUAAAUCCUUUCAUCGAUCGGAAUCUCUCCAUCGAGGCAGUCGAGCAAUACGAGUAGAAACGAAUACGAAAAUAAUGUGUUCCACUGUCUCGAUGGGGAGGAAGAAUAUAUUAGUAAGAAAGUGGUGAAGAAAGACACGUUCCUUCUACGAAGACGACGAUUUUACACGUGUGAUAAUUGUUUGUACUUGUGCGUGGAGCACGCGUUACGGACCAAAAACGAUCGUCAUUGUUACGACCCAGCAGCAUCCGUUAUACUUACUCGUUCUGUAUAAUUAUUGUGAUCUUGGUGCAAUAUUUGCAUAAUAUUUUUGUCCCUUGUCCCCGAAUUGACCACGAAGAGUCGAAAAUACAAAAAACGAUUAUACGACGAGAGACAGAGAACAGAAGGAGAAAAAGGGAUCCACGAGAGGACGUGCGAAUAAAACGUACGGUUCGUUGGAUCCGUUUCCGAUUUUCGAUCAUUUUAGCCCGACAUUCCAUGUAACAUUACCGCGUUUGUAAUUUAUACGAUACGUAUUGUAGAUAACCGUUUCGUUGACAAUUGAUUAGUUUUCCUCCCUCCCUCCAGUUUUUUUUUUUCGUUUAUCUCUGAAAAAAAAGAAAAAGAAAAAGAAAAAAAAACGAACGAAUGAGCGAUGAGCGUAUGAGAGCGAGAGCGCGUGCGGACGAGAGAGAGAUGGAUUAAUGUCACAUGGAAUGCGCGAGAAAAUAAUGUUUGACGAUUAAAUUAUAUUUACGAAUUAUUAACGAAUAUAACGAAUCGCUUGUAUUGUGUGCACACAGAAAAAUAACCGCGGAAAGGAUGAAAGGAAGAAGGCAUAAUAUUAAUAUGUGUAUAACGUACCGGUAGAACCUUUUCAGGGAGUAUCCGUGACUUUUACGUAACGAAGAAAAUAAAUAUAUACAUAACUCGUUCGACUUUAUUUUUUAUACGUUGCGUUUAUAACUCGAGGGAGAGUAGGGAAAGAGCGGUUCGAUUAUUCGAAAUCGAGAACGAAACGUCCACUGACCGAUCAUUACUUCAACGUGAUCGCUUUAACGCGAUAGUCAUUGGUGCUAGUUCGAAACGAUAGAGAAGAAGCAUAAUAAUUAAUAUUAUAAUACGAUUAUAAAGAAAUAUUAUCAUCGAGAAAAAUGGUAAACGAAUUGUUUCUUAUUUCCGUUGUUUUUUUCUUAACGAUUCCUUAAGGGAGAAACGAAGAAUGAAGAGAAAAAAAAAGAAAAACGAGAAGAAACGGAGAGGAUAUAGAAAAAAAGACGAAAAAACACAGAUAGUAUCGCAUAAUAAUCGAAGUCGCAUAAUGAACGAAGUUACCGACGACGCCUCUGACGAGGUGCUUCUUUUCUUUUCUUUUUUUUUUUUUAUUAUUUUUAUCCACCCCCCCACCCCCCUUUCUUUUUUUUGAAAACGACAGAACGACACACUUUUGGAUACGCACAAAAGGAUCACGAGUUUAUAUUCGAGGUACAAAAUAAGAGAACGACUGUAUUUAACGGCCCGCUAGUUUCGCUUCCUAAUUUAUCGAUAUCUUGCUUGCUACGCGACCGAGCUUUGUUAUGUAUUUUUAUAAGGACAGAGCUUUUCGAAGGCGGUGUACAUCUGUCGAUGUAAUGUAAUUACAAUAAAUUGAAACCUAUGCA